AUGGCGGCGAACGAGUCGCUUCGGAGGCAAAGCGAGACCCGAGAGUCAGCUAUCUUCACGCAAACCAUUCGAGAGCGGACAGGUAUUUAAAGCUGUGCCGCUUAAAAUGUUGUUACGUGUUCGCUGAUUGCGCCUUUAAAUAAUUGAACAAACAUUUGUAUGUAUGUUUCAUUUGAAUGCUGUUUCAUAUGCGGUAUCCCAAAUUUAUCUGCCUAACGAGCGAGUAAACUGCUGUGGAGCUUUUUUAAGUAAGAGUUACUGCAGCUCCUAUUGGAAUGUUUUUCUUAUGUACACGAUAUUAAUUCGUGUUUGGUCCAAAUUUUGUCAUUUGUCGUCAACUCUUGUAAGGUCAAAAGUCUAGAUAUGAAAUUAACUUUAUUACGCCGUAGCUUCAAGGCGUCGGCUACUACUGAUCGAUAGUUCGAUUAUGAAUCGUUCGAACCGAGAUUUCCCCUGUGGUAUUAACUAACAAUCGUAAAAGUCGCAGAUUGUGAAAUAAUUUACAUAGUUUUGUUGGUAAAUUAAUUGUAGUGUUCUGAAGCACCAAGUGUUAAGUGCCUUGUCAGCAACAUUCCCUUGGAAAUUGAAGAGAAGAUCAUCGAAACUUGAUAAUUUUUAUGCUGUGUACACUUUUCCUUGAAAGAGCAACACGUUGAGAAUUGUCUCCUGCUUGCUGCAAGUAAAUCAACUGUUAACAUUUCCUUGUUUCGAAGUUGAGUGCUUCUCGUUCUUCACUGAUGACGAAACAGAAUUGGCGGUGACAGUUGCUCGGUGAUGCCAGCUCAAAAGGGUUCUUUAUCUUAUCGAAUCAGUUGUUUUCAUAUUUUGACUCCCUGGAGACAACUGAAUGGUUUCCUUUCAAACUUUUGGCGCUUUCAGACACAGAUCUUAUUUUAAAAGGGAAAUUUGACCUUCAAGUAAAAUUUCUUAGCCAGACGACCCUUACUCAGCUGUUUUCGAGAUGAUUCGGCCACCCGUACGGUGUUUUCCAACUGACAAUCUUUAUGAAAAUGUUUUUAUUGCUCUACUUCAAAAGUUUUUUUUUUCUUAUUACAAAAAUAUGCAUAAAAAAAUUGAUAUCAAAAGGUAGAAUUGUGUAUCAUCGUUAAGUCAUUCAAGUCUGUGUUGAUGCACUCUAAUAUAUGUUAUUUUCUGUCAACCAAAGUGAUUUGAGGGAGGGAAAAGAGAUGUUUAAUAAGUUAUUUAUCGGCUCGAGGUGGUGACCGACGUCUUGGCCUAAAAAUACUGCCAGCCGGAAAAACGAGAUAAAUUUAUGGAAAAUGGCAACGAAGGUAGGGAUGUACUCGGCGACUCACUAAAGCGUUACCUUGCCCGCGGGCAGAGAUAGGAAAAGACGGACCGCGCUAAGAACCAAUUGGAUUGCAGGAUUUGUUAUCGCACCCUCUGAGAAAAAAAUAAAAACAAAUAUUUCGGAUGACAGCGAUGACGUAUUUCAAUUUUCCAGAAAGAUGUAGCGAUUUUACUACAUUUGUGUAAAUAAACAAGUGAUUAAGAGAUAAAACAGAUCUUGGGACAGUAUGCUCUGUUAAAUGUUUUGUUUAUCGGAUAAACGAGCAGAGCAACAAAGCUGUGUUUAAAAACAUGGCACUUGAUGGCAAUCACUGUGAUGUGUUUAAACUCUCGGGCAAGGAUUAAUUAGCGUAGAAAAUACACUCAACACGAGAACCGCUUUUUAAGUUUUGAACAGGAUGAUAUUGAUGUCAGUGGUUUCAGACGGGUAUCGCCUCUUGAUUAAAAGAAGUUGCGAUAUUGCCCCACUGAGGGAAAAAAAACAGUUCUGUGUCCGUUUUCAGUUCGGAAGACGAGGUUACUCGUUCAUCGAAACGCAUUUCUGCGGAAAAACAAAGCAAAACAAAAGAAAUAAAAAAUUGUCGAUUCUUCUUGCUCUUUUUCAUUUUGACGGCUUUCACGUACUUAUUAAAAUGCGUCGAUUGUAAAAACGGCUUGAUGAGUUUUCCCCUGUAUUUUUAAGCUCUGCAAGACCUUCAUUCACUAUGUUACAAAGGGAUACUCGAUAUUACACACAAAUACAAAGUAUUCUUCUUUAAGCCAAAUAUUUUUCCAAGAAAUUUUGUUCUAUGUGUCUCAAAUAUGCGAAAUUUGACCUCUUCUUUUAUCGAACACUCUUAUCAAACGUUAUAUAUGAAUUACUGACAAGCAGCCAUAAGAAUCUCGACUCUUUGAUUGUCUCCUCCUAUACCCGUUGGAUAAUUUAACUUACAGUUCUUAUUCAAACUUAAAUUACUAUGAAUCAUGCUGUUUUUAAUUUUCGUUUGUUUAUAUCAAUAAUUGAUCGCAGAAGUUUUCAAGUAACUGAUUGUGCAGCGAAUAUUUGAGCCUGCAACAGUCGAUAAUCGCCGGUCAGUAAGGAAUCUAAGCAUCGUAAGUACGUCAUGCAUGAGGAAUUAUUAUGAACAUUACUGUAUGUAUGUAAAGUAUAGGACAUAAUAUUUAUUGAGUAGAUAAUAAUUCCCCAUACAUGACGUACCUGGGCUAAGCAUUAAUAUUUCCGCUAGCCACAAUGCUCGCACGAUGUUGCGAGUCAGGCAGAUACUUCAAGGUUGUAAAUGUAGUAAACUGCUUUCUUUCGUUUUCUUUUUCUUUCUUUUCUUUUCAUUUUUUUUUGUCAAAAUAAAAAUAGAAUGAUAUUCCUAAUCAUAUAGACUUACUAAAGUGUUAUGACCGACUCUAGUUACUAGGAGCAUCCUGUGGCUAAAAACUGAAGUGCCAAUAGGAACACGAAACAACCGUAGGUUUGACUCGUGCAAAGAAAACCUAUUUUUCUUUUUUGUGGUGUGCCUGUGUCGUUACCGACCAGGAAAUUUAACCAGCUUUCGCAAAAAGCCAAAAGUGAAUUUUUUGUCGUUAAAAGCUAACCCACAAUAAAGUCUGAGGAAAACUAAAACAACAGACGAUUACAGCUGUAGACGAAUUGCAGACUGAAUAUCUAAUAAGGAACUAUGAAAAAUUUACUUCAGUGCGGAAAAAGACACAGCUCGUUGAGUGAGGGAUCGAUGGACACGGAGCAAGGAAUUGAAUAUCCUUCCUUUGAAAAAAAAAGUUCCAGGUGCUGUGAGAUUGACUAUUUAAACUUUUUUUUUCCUUUCCUAUAUUUUUUACGAAUAUAUUCUGUAAAACAUCAUCCUUUAGCUAGUUCCCCAGAAGUCUACCGUCAAUGCUCUCAUUGAAGUAUACCUGAGCCGCUGUCGAUUUUGAAAAUACCUCUGAAGUAGAGCUCUGCUCUCUCAUCGAUACCAGGGACCAGAAUAGAAAGUAAAGAUGUCGACAAAUAUAUCACGACAAAGUUGUAGUAUAGUUGCUAUACUAUUCAAAUUGCAGAUCAGCAAAGACGCUUUGAAUGAUUAAGAUGCAUUUACUUAAGUUACCUCUCUCACGUCAAAACUGAUAUAUCGUUUUAUCAUUUUACUUGCAAAAAUUUGAAUGUAAUCAGCCUCAUCUAAAAAAGUUUUUCCUUUUCAUUUAAUUACUGCUUAGCAGUUUUCGACUCCGUAUUGCGUGCGGCUGAUUCUGUAUUUUGGGCAAAAUGUUAUUCUUACUGUAUGCUAAGCGUUAACAACCUGGAACUUGCUUGCGGCAUGUUUUUGUUCUCUGUUGGUUUGACAGACAGACAUCGAAAGAGGGAAACUUUUCCGCUGUAUAUUUUAUCAUAUUUUACGUUUUACGCCAGGAGAAAUUGCGUUAUCAAACGUCGAUGUGGUGAAAGUAUAACCCCGAGUUCUGCAGCAUAGACUUGAGAAAGUAAUAGGAAUUAUUAGUUUGGUUUAUACGAAAGUUUGCCUUGAGUUUCAGACGUGGAUCAAAAAUAGUUAUUUUAACCUCCUAUCGUUUGACAUAACUCUCUUCAUCACCCACCACACGAUAUUUGUGCGAUCGAAAUCUGAAUGAAUUUUCUCAAAUUGUAUUCAGCAAAUUAUUUCUGUUCUUAAAGACAGAAUUUGCAGGAAUUGUGCGCCACAAACAUUUCAAUUUUUGAAUGAAAGUGAAAAAAGACUAAGGCGACGCUAGAAGUACAUUUAGGCUAUGUACCGUGAACUUUGUUUUCCAUCUCUUAAUUUACAUCAUACAUAUCACACGUCGCUUUUUAUAUCAACUUACUGAUGCAUUAGUCGCUUACCCCAGAAGCGGAAGACACAAACAAAGAUAUUUAAGUAGUUUUCUAUUUUCACUGCAUAAAACUUAAAAUUUGAAACCAGGAUAUAACCUGACAGCGGUAAAAAAAAUGCAGCAAGGUAAGUCAUAUUACAGUUUUUCGGCCUCAAGUCUACACCCCACAGAAUGUGUAUUCUUGUAAGUGCGUAUGUUUAGUUUUGUGAGCUAAUUCUUGUUAGAUCCUCCAGAAAUUGAUAUAUGAAAAUCGCAGAUACCUAGGUGAUUAUUCAAUUACUAUCACGAUAUAUCUGUCGGAAAAUAAAUUAUUCCUACUCCGGUAGGUUUCUAGGCUUAUUAAACCUAAAACAGGCAUUUCGUAUUUUGUUCAAGACAUGUUUAUGUAAUGUGAAGUUGAUUUAAAACAAUAUUGACUUUGCAAUAAUUGUCAGUCAGUUGAGUUAAAACGUUAAUGGUAAGAGGCGGUUGUCAGGAAAUCGUCAUUUUCUGAUGCACCAGAUGAGAACCACCUGGUUUUCUUGGAUGUGUUGUUCUUUCUGUAUUGAAUAAAAUAAUUCAGCUCAAGUUAUUUGUUUGCAAAUCUUGUCGCGGAAGACGGAUGUUAAGACCAACAUGGAAUGAAAAAUAAUAUUGUUCUUUUCGGAUGAUCUACAUAACGACGUGAUUAAACUAAAGAACAAAAUCAAUUGAAGAUGUUCGGAUCCGCCGGCGAUGAUCUGGUUUGCGUAGGAAGAGGUAAUUUUCGGUCAUGAUCCUUUCGGACGAAAAAGUUUUGUAGCCCGAAUUUUGUUUGCUGUUAGACCUUAAUUUUUCAGACUUUCUGUACCAAGUUACCUUUUAGUGGUAGUUUUUUUGCAGUUUUAAAUAAAAGUAGCUUAUUCUAGUCGUGGAUUUUAAGAUUAUUCUAGAAGAUCGAAGAUAUCUAUGUUUGGGAGGAAGUAGAGUCAAAGCGACUUGAAUUUUGUAUAGUAGUGAUUAAGCAAACGGCUAACUUUUCUCGACGCUAUUGUGUUGAUCUACCAGAAAAUUCUCAUCAAAUAUGAAAGCCAAUGUAGGGAACAUACAAGGGAGAAAACGGAACCUUAAGGAGCAGUUUGUGACGUUUUGUAACGAUGUGCGUCAACGCUAGAAAGGUAGAGGGAGCUGUUCAAAUGCUCAAUGGUUGGCUCACGUGGCUUUGGCUUGAUAUUUUGUUUUUCUUAAUAUCUAGGAGAGAGAGAGGAAAUUCAUAAGAAGACCUUCCAAAAAUGGAUCAAUUCGAAGCUUGCAAUGGUAAGCUAAAGGCGUAUUGGACGUCGUUGGUUGACUUUAUUUAUCUACAAUAAAACGUAUUAGGGGAAAAAAAAGAAAAGAAAAAGGCAGUGAGUUUUUAUCUCUGCCAUCGAAAAAGGUGUGGUUUAAUUAGGAACGCAUUUUGGGAAGGUCGCCGCCAUAUUAAUUAUUGCCUAGCAACCUUGCUGCUUUCCUUUGAAAAAAUCGCACUUUUUUCUUCAUCUGGCAUCAGUGCAUACAUACAUGCGCAUUUUUUUCUACAUCACAUGUAUAUUAUCGUAUUCCAUUACCUCCUUAGUUAUACGUGUUAUUGAUAAAACAGUCUUGCUGACGAAAAAUUACGUUUUUUCUCAAAUGUCUCGUAGGCCGUGCCACCUUUAGAGGUGAAGGAUCUUAUCGAGGAAGUCCGAGAUGGACAUGUGUUCCUUUCUCUGCUGGAGGUCCUCUUGGGAACGACACUGGUAAGUCUCGUUGUAGUAACGUUUGGUGACGUCAUGAAUGUAUCUAACAGUUGGCAACAGAAACCGUUGUCCCGUUUGAUUUUUUGAGACCUUUUUUGUUGACGUUCUGUUGCUUACUUGAUGCUUGUCUUCAUAUAGGAUUGCUAAUAGUUUAAAACAUUGCACUGCUGGCCGAGGACCAUGCUAACAAACUGAUACGGGACUGUAAGGCACAUGAUCUCAAGUAGCUGAUCUUAAUGAGCUGCAGUAUAGUAACUUUCUUUCACCUUUCUAUCGAGAGGUGAUUAUGGCAAAAUAUACCACAAUUCUCAACCAGUGAAUGCUCGCAUAUCAAUGAGUACUAGAUUUACAAUUAAGUAUUAUUAUAGCAGCUGGGAUUCGAUAAAAUUCUGAGUCGUCUGGUUUCGCAGCCGUCACGUAUGUAGGCUAAGAAUGCGUCUUAUAACAACCGCGAAGGAGGGUUCAGAACUUUUUUAUUUCUAUGUAAUGCCACAGGCCACGGAACAAAAUGUCGGUUGUAAGGACAGCGGAGAGUUUGCGAAUUACUUGUCUUUGACUUAUAAUUUACAAACUCUUCUUAAGACUUACAAUAAUUGCCAUACCUGCUUCUCUACCACUAAAAAAAAGUUAGUGAUGACGUUAAAAAAUUCGCACGUUUUUUCGACAGAAAAGAGAGAAAGGCCGAAUGCGCGUCCAUAAACUCACCAAUGUGACAACAGCACUGAAGGUGUUGGAAAAAAACAAGGUAAAUUUGCAUUUUUGUAACUAAUGUGUCGAUCAAUUUGAUGCUUGAAGCCCCUCAAGUCAACCCACGAGCAUUUAACUGUCAGGCAACCCACAGGCAUUUUAACGUCGUCCAUUCUCGGGGUUUUCCCGGUGAGGGAUGCUGAAGCUUCGAAUUGAUCGUCGCAUCAAUUUGUGUCAAACUUGUGAAACAUGGAGAAAGACAGUGACAGUAACAUAGACGUAGACAGUUUGAAGAAAUAACUCUCUCUGCUAUUUAAGUCCUUUUUUAAAGAUAUAAGGCGGCAAUAAUGUGUUGUGCUACCUUGUUUUAGUUCAGUUGUCAUGUUUUUUUUAUCGAAGGUGAAAACACUAAUAAAAAUCAACCACAGAAAAUACAUGUACAUAACACGCGAGUUGACUCCAUUUUUUUUAAAAAAGGCCUCUUUGCUCCCAAGUGUUUAGUUUUUAAUGAUUGUUCCAAUUUGCUUCAAAUGGUUCUUUGGUAGACUUUCUGCAACGAAUGUGGCCAUUGUCUACCUCUAAAUAACUUUUUCUUCAUUCUUCGAGGGUUUUUUUUAUUCUAUUAUAUACUGUUGUUGUUGGUGGUGAUUCUGCAUUUUUAGCUUUUUAAGAGGUCGUUUGAUAGAUACCCAAAACUAUUGCUCUGUUAAGCGAUCCAGGGUAUAUUUAAGUGCAAACCUUUCGACAUGAAAUUGAUUUUGUCUCUUCUUAACACACAAUCAAAACUUGUUUUAACUAGGAAGACGGCGCUAUUUUCACCUUCUCCUGAAAUUUAUUUUUAGGUCAAACUUGUUGGGAUCAGCAAUUACGACAUUGUCGAUGGAAAGAGCACGACCAUUCUUGGACUGAUAUGGAGUAUUAUUCUACGAUUCCAGGUAUGUAACUCAUAAUCCUUUAACUCCUAGAAGUGAUAACAUGUAAUUUAUCCUUGUAAUAUCUAUGUUAUUCAGCAAACAGGUAAUGAGAAUACUCAAACUUAUCAGGUAGAAGGUGUUAUGUUGAUCUAACAAUAAAUUCUUGUAACUAAUUUAGAGGGAAAUGUGUAGGAGGAGAGAAUUAACAAUCCAAUCUUGGGAGCUGAAGGGUUAAUCGCAGACGAGUGAAAGUUUGAGUCUUUCACUAUCUAUAAAUUGCGAGACCCUAAAAAGUUUCCAAACCCAUCCGUUAUAGUAGAUUUUAGUUAUUAUCGUACUGAAUUCGUCUUUUCAAUCUAUGCUGUAAGCUACGGUUUCUCAUUUCCCCCUUUUGACUUAUAACCGAAGUGUUACCAGUGACUUUGCAAAAACUUUGCAAAAAAACUGAAAAAAUUAAGUUCAGGCCAACUGUAACUCGGUGUCACAAAUAGAGACCUACUUGAAGAUUUCUAAACACCCAAACGUUGAUAUGGAUUUUGUUUUCUUUACUAUAUCUCAACGUCCCCUUAGGUGCAAGGCGUAAUGACUGGAGAUGAUUCUGGAGAUUCCAGCGUCAAAGAUUUUCAAGUCGAGAAAAAACUGCUUUCUUGGUGUAAGACAUCGCUUGAAGGGUGAGGCCCAAAAUGAUGAACAUUUGAUAACCCAAGGUGAAAGGUCAAAAGCCAAGGUCAAGAACAAACGGAUGUAAUCAGAGCAAAUAAAAUGUCACAAAGUGACCAACGGAAGGAAAAUGUAGCCGUUUGUAUUAUCACCAACCGAGACUAACUUCCAACAGGCGCACCCGUUAAAUUUUGUCAGUUAUAAACUACAUUUGCUCCUGAAUUUUCUUAUUUCGAUAGUUAAAAUAUCUGGGUAUUCCUUUUAUUCUACUUUCUUUUUCUGAGGUAGAGUAUCAUCUCGUAUCAUCUUUACUUCUGAUGAAUUUUGAUUUCUAAAAAUUCCCGUUAGGUACGAGGAUUCCGUUAAAUUGAAAGACUUCACAACAAGUUGGAGAGAUGGUCUAGCUUUCAACGCCAUCAUCCAUACUCACAAGUAAGUAAUCCGUGUCAUUUCUCUGUGGUUACUUUUUUCAGUUGUUUAAUAACUCUCCGUAAGCCGUGAGAGGUUUGUUGAAUUAGCAAUUGCAGCACAGAUUAGAGAAGUACUUCUGGUGUCGUCUCCUGAUUUUUUGAUCGAGGGGAAGGAUAAUUAUGUAUUUACAGUAAUGUAAUUGAAGAAAUGAGGUUUUGAUAUGUAUAAAAGUUUCUGAAAAGGCUGAGAGGUUAAUCACCGUGUGAAGGGAAGUAAGAGUCAAGGAUACAGUUUAAUCGAGACCGCCAUCUUGAUUUCAAUGGCAAGCGAAGCCUGAUUAUAGCAUUCGGCUCCUAACCCCACCCCACUAAUUUACUAUCAAAGACCACUAUCACCCCUCCACACGGAGUUGCCUUUCUUUGCAUUUUGCUUCCUUCCUAUAUUAUCACCAAACAGUCAGAAAAAAUUGAAAUUAGAAAGCGGAAAGUCUAAUAUAAACGAUUUCCUUGGUUCUGCGCCAUAACAUGUAUUCCUUCUAGCCAGAAAGCCCCUCAGUAAUUAAAGCAGUCCAAUCCCUUGUGACAACUCUAAGAAUGUUUGUAUAGCUCUCUGUUUCUUAUACUCCUUUCUCUUUUUUUUUCCAGGCCAGAGCUGUUUCGAUUUGAGAGUCUUUUAAAACAUGAUAACAAGACAAAUCUUGAUCACGCGUUUAACGUGGCGAACGAAGAGUUUUCAGUUCCGAAGCUGUUGGACCCAGCAGGUGAGUUGAUGUUAGUUUAAAAGUUUCACUGUUUUUCUGUUUUGGCCCAAUUUCAAUUUCACAGAUUUUUAAUCAAAGACUAAGUUGUAAAUUUUACUGUCCUCACUUGGCCCCGUUCUUGUUCGCAUGAAGCACAUUUUAAGCCUCCUUUGGUUGUCAGCCGUUUUUCAAUUUUGAAACUCUUACACUCUUCAUUUAAAUAAGAUGUACAUUUUCGUCAAAGUAUGCCGGCAAUAACCAUAUCAUAGCAUUUCGAUUUGGAAUUAAAGAACAACUACACUUAUGUACGACAACUCUUCCCUUCACUUUAUAUGUCAGCGUGUGAUGUGCGUCUCAAUUUUCAGCAAGACAUUCUAAGUGUACAAUUAGAGAGCUUUUCUCACUUGAUGUAAUAAAAAUAUCUGAUGAGUUAAAAAAAAACAAAGAAACCUACUUUUUCUCCGUCAGAGGCAGAACUUCUAUGCUUUUUCAAGCUUCUUUCGCAUUCUAAAGAUCUCUUCAGUUGGACUGAUUUGAUUUUUUUCCCACUGAAUAGUUAAUGAAUUUGUGUUAAGGUGCGGCUAUCUUUCCGAAAUUAUUUGAAAUGCUGGUUUCCUGUUUAAGCCUUAAUCAUCAGCGCGGGUGCAUCAGGAAAAAAAAUUAAGCGAAGUUUUUGACAAAUACUAAAAUCCAUCGCACCACUCUUGAAGAAGAAAAAAUAUAUAUUAGCAAAACUGACCAUGUAUGUUAACAUUGAAGAAAGACUAUUUUAUUAGAUUUUUCCUAUUUCUUAUUAAAAAAAAAUUGCUAAUUAGAAAAAUAUAAAGAUUUUUCGCCAGCGCCUUUUUAAUUUACAAGCAAACACUGUCAUCACUUGAGAGGCAGAGAACAACUUUUUUUAAAUUCACAUUGUGACAUUUCCUCAAAAAAUGUCAUAUAUAACAAACUUUUAAUUGAAACACCUAUUUCAGUGUGCGGAAAAUAAUGAAGAAAGUUAAUUAAUAAAAUUUUGGCACUUGUGAAUAUUUAAAACACAGUUUUACUUUUCCAUAGUUUCAGGUUUUCAAUGCUAAGUUAAUUUAGGGGGUUUCUGCAGCGUAGUGAAUAUAUUGUCGCUAAUGAUUAUGGAUGUUCAGUUUACUUAUUGAGAGCUACAUUUUUAACCCACUGCGAAAACAGAACAAUGGAAAGAAUUUUUUGCAAUUUUCUUGAAAUAUUUCGUUCAUAUCAUAAGUCGAGUCCAUCGAAAAUAACUCGUUUUAAGAUGGAAGUUCCGAUAUUUUGAUUAACUAAAACCAAGAAAUGGAAAUGUCGAAAACUAACAUUUAUAAUAACAAGUAUAAUAAAACGUAGACUAGUUUGGAUUUGUCAAGCUUCCCCUGUGAACCAGCCCUUCUUUUUUUUAAUUUAUCUUUCGGAGCACAGUUGUUAUCUCCUCGUGAUUUUGAGAAGCAAUGUAAACUGAGAUCUGAGGGUGUCAUUGUGUAAUGGUGGAAACACGUUUUUUUCGAUUUUGUUGCCAUAUUUCGAAAGUAAUACUCAGUUUAGUAGCCUGGAAUCCAUUCAAAGCUCUACCUGUAUGUUGCCGUAGCUUUCCUCAGAUCUCCUUUUUUUGCAUUAUUCAAAAACAUGCCAUUCAAGUGGUCCACGACAUUGCGGUCAAUUACACCAACAAUUUGUUUGGUUUUACUAUGGAACAUGGGAUGCGAAGAACUCAAAUAUGCCAAGUAACUUCACUCGUAUGGUUUCGAAUUUAUAGCCAGUAUGUGAUUUGCCGGUUUUUCGAAUUGUUAGUUAUUCGUUAAAUUCUAUUUUUAUUUCCGUACAGAUAUUGACGUGGACAAGCCAGAUAAAAAGUUGAUCAUGAUGUACUUGACCAGCUUAUUUCACGGCUUGAGAGAAUACUCACCACAGGGGGGAAAGAAGAGAAGAAAACUUGACGUAAGUGUUGCUAUUUUAUUGUCGUAGUUGACUAUCAUUAGCUCGCCGUGACUUUCCUAGAAAGUAUGAAAGGCCUGUCAUUUUUUUUACUUUUUUAAAUCAUUUUUUAUCAUAUUUCAAAUACAAGUUACAGGCAUAAUUAAAAUGACGUCACAGAAACAAGGAAGUUUGGCCAACAACAGCCGCGCAAUUGCAGUUGUGAGUAACAGUUUUUGGUGACAAUGCUCACGAAGGCUCGCCAUUCGAUCGAAAGGCCUUUUUAUACGAAGCAGAAAUAUAAAUCUUGUUGUAAAUUAGAUACGAAAAACCUUUUUUCUGAUACGGUAAUGUAUUGUAUUGUAAAAAAGACUUGAAACGCAUUUCCAUUGAGCUUAGUUAAGCGAAAAAAAAGAGUGAACACAUUAGAAGUCAAAAAGAAAAAGGUACUGAUCAAUCAGAACAAAAAUAUAAAUCAGGGGGAGCAGGGAUGACCGAAAUAAAAUCUUCCAACUUGCCUCGAACGAGAGAAAGUGCAAGCGACAAAAAGGGUGACUGGUUUUGAUCACGAGCGUUUUCCCGCGAUCUAGGCGGUUGGCUUGUUUUUUCUUCGAGUUCUCAUUGGCUUUGGUUGUGAUUUCACGAAACUCAAACGGAAAGCGCUUGAAAUUAUAGCCGACUGGUGCAAUUACGGAUUUCUUUAGUUUCGUCACUCAGUUCAAAAUGGCUCAGCUUUUUUUGUAGCAAACGUGUCUUUUCCUCCUUUUUUUAGGAUUUGGCGGGCCUUGAAGCUUACCGAGCAUCAUUAAGAGACCUGAAUGCUUAUAUCACACAAGAAGAAACCCUGGUAUCCAACAAGCUGGAAUCGACUGGCCGUUUUGGCAAUCCUUUAGACGAUUACAACAAAUCAAAGGUAACCAUGGACAACCAAGAAAAACAAAAUCCUGCAGGCUGAAGGCUCUUGCAUCAAUAUGCAAACCUGAAAUGAAUCGCUUGGCCUUUGCACUGUUGAUGUAUGCACACAAACGUGUUUUUUUUUUCCUUUCGCGAAGUUUUAAAUUCCCUUGAUAAGUCCUAGGAUAGGCCUAAGCAUUACUUAUUUGUAUGAAGGCUUCCAUCUGAUGGGAUGAUACGAAGUAAGAAAUCACCCGAGCUUCUAUUUUCUUCAAUAACAAUAGCUGGAACUAAGACAAGAAAUUCACUCACCUCAUUUUUUCCUUUUUCCCUGUCUUUUCCAGUCUUUGAUGGAUGACAUCAAAAAUCAUCGCCAGGACGUGGGAAAUGUAGAGGAUAUGGGCCAGGCUUUGAUAAUGGAUGACAAGACAGACGAGAUCCACCGAACAGAGAUCAAGAACCAGCUACUGCUGCUCCACGAUCGAUGGGAAAAAUUGGAAAAACUCUCACAGAGACUUCAUAAACGGUAAUAGAAAGCAAUUUUAAAUUAGGGAAAGCUGGUUUUAGUUUGUUUAAGUCAUUGGUUUACACACACAGAACGAGAUUUUUUCGGAAAACCAAAAAGACGUUUGUGAAAAUAUUGAUAUUUAUAUGAUGUAUGGCUACUAAAAUUGUAAAGUGCCACAAGAACUUCCUUUCGUUUACGAAUAGUGCUUACAGAAAUUAUGAACAUUUCAGCCUCUUUUUGUCUCGACGCGCAAGCCCACUUCCAACUCAAAGGGGAACACAAGAGAGCUACUUUUCCAACCAAUGUGAAAUGCAAAGAUAGAACAGGAAGCCUGGUGGUGUGUUUAUUGUUACCUUGCCAAUUGAAUUUAAUUACGAUCUUAAUUAUGCUCCUUUACUCUUUUUAGAUGUCGGGGGGCUCUCGUUUCACCCCGGGAGCAACAGAUUGACAUCUACAACUCGUGGAUACAACAAAUGAGAAGUGAGAUAUCAAAAAGAGGAAGAUCCCAAAGCCAAACAGAGAUCAGAAGAGAGAUCGAUGAACACGAGGUUAUUGAAUUGCAAAUCUGGAUAUUGAAUUCCUGUAUUUGAAUUUCAGCUGUUGAACAGUUAUUGAAUUCCUUAACCGAUCGUAAACGAGUUGUAGAUAGCCUCAUUGCUCAAAUGAGGCCAAUGCUUAAGUUAAAAUGUUUGGCCUCUCAUGGCUAGCGUCCCCUGCAGACUUAGAUUUAUGAUGCCGUCUUUCCUGCGUAGAAAUCGAGCAGGAAAGAUGAUAAAUGUUAUGCUUUGUCGUGGUAUCAUAAAAGAUUAAAAAAGCAAGAGAAAAGGACAAAACUAGGGUACCGAAGAAAAGGGCCGACAUCACCAACGGACUGCAUCACUGUUGCUCUGCAACGAAGCUAUACCUUACAAUGGGUUCAUAUUCAAGGUUUGUUAGUUAUCGUUCGUUGUGUAGUGAUAAUAAUGUUGGCCUUUUUUAUCUGCUUGUUUGUGUAGGGAUCUAUGGUACGGAUCGACUAUAAAAAGAAGGAAGUCGAUCGCGUUAUCAGUGAAGUUAACGAACUCUGUUUGGAGCCUUACGUCGACGAAGAAGAUCGUGAGAUAUUACGAGGAAAGCAGAAAGAUUUAAACAUCAACUGGGACACAAUGACAACAGAGGCUCAUCAAAAGAGUAAAGAGUAAGAUGUGACUUGAAAUGAUCACUGUUGGACUCAGAUAGAGAUGUUCACAAGAGCGUCAGACAUGACAGGAAAAGAGAGCACAUUGUUGACAAAUGGAGCAGACUAUCCCCUUUGAUUUUCAAACCGACAAAUGAGAGAAUUACGAGCUUGCAAAAAUUUGAUACUGAACAUAAUGAAAGAUUAGGCUAGAAUUCAGCUUUGAACGUUUACAGCAAACAAUACGUUUUGCAGUUCGUUUGUUACUUCCGCUUUGACUUAUUUUGAUACAAUGCCAUAGAACAUUAAAAACAAAUUGACAAUUUUUCAUUCAGGCCGUUCUUCUUCUAUCACGAGUCUAAAGCGCAUGCGUGAUUCCAUAUUUUUCACAAGUAUGCCUGACAAAACUAUUUAUAAAGCAUGUGAAAAGACUCUUUUCCGGAUUGAAUGAAAAAAAUUGAUAACAAUAAUGAUAAUAAAACAUAUUCAUGCAUGAAAAGAAACGUAUCCAAAAUCAUGGAGUUGUCGCCAAGUUUUUGCUUUAAAAUGUGAUUUGCAUCUCUGUUUGCAGACUGAAGGACAAGUUGUCCCCGUCUUCUUCAGCAGAGGAAAACAGAGAAACGGAACUGCUUGUACAAGUUUCUCAAGACAAUGUUCAGUCAACACCUUCAGAGUUUAGUACAUUUGAGAUACAAGUAAGCAUUAAUAAACUCUUCAACUGCAGUUCUUAGAUACACGAGAUCUUCAUUACCACGUGUGAUUUAAAGAUAGUUCAGAUUAUUGAUGAGUCAUUUUCUGCCAAGCUUUUAUCAUGUGACCGUAAUGCCCCGUGCGUGCAGUUUUUACUUAUUUCCAAAGGUUCUUUGUGAGAUGGUUGAGCUAGGCGAUGGUGAUAAAUGAAAAACAGUAAAGAUUAGAUAGCCUUCAAACUUUUCAAUCACUGAAUUCUUCUAUUAUUCUAUUGGAAAUAAUAAAUUUCGAAGCUGACUUAUAUAAAUUACUUAACGGCAAAAACCAGGAUUUUAUGGGUUUACCAAGAACUAGCUCUAUGAUAGUUGUACGGUUGACACAUUUCUCAAAAUUGAUUUAGAAGAUCGGAUUUUAUAGCCCCAUCUUAAUACACAGUGACUCUUAUGUUGCAGCCAAACAUUCAACAUACUGUUGAAUCGCAACCCAAUGUUCACUAUCUCAUUGAUUUCGAAGAUGAUCACGUUGAUGGCGCAGAUCAGAUUGACAGGUUUGAUCAUUCGUAUUAUACUUCUUACUGAAUAAAUUAUGAUAUUAGGUAAAGUGCGAUCACAAGCCUUAAGUCAUCUCCAUCGUUGCUUAUCCCAAUUUCCGCAGUUUGAAGCGAAUGAGAGUGUUGCUAUUUUUCCAAAGGGUGGUUUGCUAGUUGAUCGCUGGUUUUCACAUCGGCAUUUCAUCAUUCUUUCCUGACAGUUCACCGAUACCCAUUUAUACUCUUGACUGGAGAGAGGCAUUGUGGUAGUGGCACCAAAGUGCAAAACAAUGACGCGCUCAGGUCUCGAACCCAGACUCUUCGAUACCGAGCACGUUAGCCUAGUCGUUGCCAUCUUGUCUCCAAUAAUAAGGAAAAUUAUAACGUUAACUGUUUCUUCAUCAGCCACGGCAGAGAGGCCGAGAGGGACGCUAAACUCGACACAUUACGGGAUAAAAUGAACGCAGUUCAGUUGGUGUUGGAGAGAUGCUCAGGAAAGUUGGAGAACUUGAAAUCUUCUGGUGCCCCAAAUGAUUUGCCGGGGGUCAAGGAACAGCAAAACAUGGUGAAGGUACUGGUAUCGAAAGAUUAAGGACCCCCUCAUGACCAGUGUUUAAUCAAUAUAACUUCAUGCAAAGUCCUGUAUCAAAAUGUGUCAUGUUAUCUUUCUUGGAUUACUUUGUCAACAGUUAAAUUGGUUUUUUGGCGUGAAUUACGUCAUUUCCACGCAAGAUAAAACAUUUCGAAUGGGGAAUUACUGCAAGACCAAUUAACCUCAUUUGUGCAUAUUCAGCUACAGAGAGUCUCUAAGAGACGUGAAAUACAGACUAGGACAGAUCAAAGAACAAAGAAGUGAAAUAAGGCCAAGUGCUUCAGAUGGACUUGAUAAAAUUAUACGUCUGCAAAACGUACAAAAUUGACUUUUCAAUUUGUAGGGGCUUAAAGUAAUUGCUAGACAUAACAGCAUUUUCUAUUUGGAAACGUUCAGCAAUGGUUUUGUAAUGCAUGAGUGAAUGCUCAGUUCAUUGUGAGUUUCUCGUUACUUGCAUGUUUUAUUCCUAGUUUAUUCCUAUGAUUUAAAAAAAGAAAAAACAAGUGAGUGAAUAUAAAGGAAUUCGCUCUUAAUCAAACUUUUGCGUAUUUCCGUCAUAGGAUUGUGAUUCUGAACUAAAGGAAGGGGAGCCACUCUUGCAAGAUGUCAUUUUGUACGGAAGAGAGCUCUCACGAGACGAUCUGUUUGAUGAUAACGAGAAGGAGGAGAUCACACGUAACAUGGCUCAACUACAACAGCACUACGAUGAACUGAGAAACUUUAUUGACGACGAACAAGAGGGGUUUGUGUUUUUACACUUUUGCUUUUUAUUUAUCGUAGAACUCAGAUUUAAAACACCUCCAUGUUAGAAGGACCUCCUAGGUUCGGAUGCCUCCCAUGGCAUACUUGGAUUUAUUUCUAAGUAGUUUGUCCUCAACUUGGCCCAAAAUCUGGUGAAUUUCGUCUAAAAGAACGUCUUCCUGCUGGAAUUUGGAACAGCAUCUGUCCCAGCCUUAACCCUAACCAUUCCAGUUUAUUGUGUAUCAACGAGAAUAGAUUAAAUGAAUAUAAAGCAAGUUUUGAAUAACGUUAUCUUAGUUCUCUAAUUAUUUUUCGUUGCAUUUUUUUUGCCUCAAUGAUUUUUUAAGAAACUGAAAAAGUGAGGCAAAAAAGGAGGUAGUUUCCAAUGGGCACCAUAAUUACUAUUUCUUUUCUAGUCUCAGUGAGCUGCGUAAUGAAUUGGAGAAACGAAACAAGAUCCGCGACUGGGAAAGAAAACGCGAUGAAUUAAACGAGAAGCUAUCCCGCUGCGAGGAUAAGUUACGCCUUCAAAUUCAGGAUCAGUUAAGAGAAGAACUCGCACCCAGUGAAGAAAUCUUGGCUGCAGCAAAGGUAGAUAUAAAUAUAUAUUUUUUCAAUGAGAUUAGACCGUGUAUAAGCCACAGUUAACGGUAAUUCGAUACUUCGUUGCUCUGUGGCUUUCUCGUAGAAUUUAUCGAAGGAAAUCUCCGAUCUUGAUCCUGAAGUAGCAAGAGUUACAGACGAUGGAAUUAAACUCGUAAAAAGUGAGAACAUUGGGGGUGACUUGGAAGAAAAAUUGGUCCAAGACAUAAACGAUAUCGAAGAAAGAUACGAGAAACUUAAAAAGAGCAGCAGCGAUGACGUAAAAAGGUACUGUGUUUGACGUAAUAACAAAUCUGUGCAUGUCUAUCCUUCUCACAGGAAACUGUUGAUGCUACAUCAUUGUCACGAUUGAAUGCCAAGAAUUAGUGUUACCGUCGGAAGAAUUUCGACAAAUUGGGAAGCUGAAAACGGGCUCGUUGUCAAACUUGUGCGAAUACUUUUUUAUGGCUGGGAUAAAAUUUAAUAUUUUCUAGAGUGUAACUCCUCUUUUAACCAAGUCUUUGGGAUCUUUUCCACAUAGUUAAGGGAUAGAUACUGGAGGUUUUUAACUGAUUUAUUUAAAUAUAUAUAUAUAUAUAUAUAUAUAUAACUAACUGCAGACAGUACUGUUUCGGCCUUCUGGGCCUCAUCAGUGCAGUGCUGAUGCUAGGAUGGAGGUAAGACCAUAUAGCCACCCCAAGUGAUCUCACAUAUGUGGGAUCAUCUAAGCCAUGCCAGAGUGCUCAAACUAGAAAAAAUAGUGAGCAUGCAUAAUGCUAGCAGCAAUGACUCAUCCUAGUAGAGUGCUCAAUUUGGACAUGAAAGCAAAGCUUUGUAUGCCAAAGAGCUAUAUCUAACUACAUAUAUAUAUAUAUAUAUAUAUAUAUCUACUUUUUCUCAACAAGCUUUCGAAUCUUUAUCGCAGACUGGAGGACGCAAUUUCUCAGAGAGAAUCUGAAAAGAGGGAGAAGCUUGAAAAAUGGCAGGAGGUUACUGAAAGAAUAUCAGUGAUUAAUGUUGAUACCCGUACAAAAUUACGAAACAUCAAGGAAAAGAAUCCCCACACCACCCCUGAAAUACAGGAACAGCUCGAGGCGAUACAGGUAAAAAUUUUCAUUGCACAAUAAUUGAAAAGAAGAAACGUUGUAGCAUUCUAAUUUUCCUACUUUGUUUUAAUUUUUUUGUCCAUUUUGUCCGUUGGAUUCUUUUAUUUAGUUAUUUUUUCCUUUUUUCGUUUCUGUAUUUCGCUGGUCUUGGUACACCUUAUUCGUUAAGGAUCACUGUUGAGGUCGUUCUUUCCUUGCGAACUAGCUUACGCUCGCUAUCUUUUGCCACUAUCACUCGAUCGAUCGAUGGAAUAGGUCAGCCUUUUUAUGGUUCUUUUUUAUUGAAGUCGUCGGUCCAAAGCUCGCAUCUUUGAAGCCAGAUUGCGAGUUUUGGAUAAAGACAAGAUAUCUAUCAGCAAUUUGUGCUUCUAUUCUCCUUAGAAAUGUACAAACGACGUUAUGUCUGUGUUUCCUGAAAUUCAAUCUGGUUAUGAUUACGGCAACGAUCUCUUGGCUGAUAAUCAACUUAGUGAUGAGGAUAAAGACAAGAUCGAGAAGGAAAUGAACAACAUUGGAGAGGAUUUCAAAGCUCUUCAGCAAGACAUAAAUGCCGAACAAGACAGGUCAGCCAUAUCAUUUCUUACCUCAGUUUUUCGCUUUUGGUCGCCCACCGCAAUUUCUUUCGUUCAUUAUUCGCUAUUUCGUGCGUAUGUUUCUUCAUCGGUUCGUUUUUUCCUUAAUUUAUUUGCCUCGUAGCUUGUUCGUUCGUCCAUGCUUGCUUUUGCUUGAACAUUCGCUGCUUUUGUUAAGUCUUCGUUCGUGUUCUCGUUCAUUCGUUCUUUCAUUCACUCGUCAAUCGCUCGUAGUUUUAAUCAUUCUUUUGUUCGUUCUCUCGCUCUUCUGUUCGUCCUUUGUUCGUUCGCUCGCGUGUUCUUCCCUUGUUCCUUAAUCGUUGCCUUUUUACAGGCUGAAUAACUUGUUGUCAGAAAAGGUAGCUGAGGAUGCUCGAGCUCAAGAUAAAUUGAAAAAGUGGCAAGAUGGUAAAGACAAGUUAAACUCCAAAUAUAAGAAGACCAGGGGCAAGUUCAACAAAGUCAAAGGUCAAGGAAUUCCCAAGGACCCGAAGAAAGUGCAAGAACAACUAGAACUUACCCGGGUGAGAUAAGUGACAUGAAUGUCACUGUUUCCUGCUUUGUGUCAAUGGAUUCUCUUGCAAUGCACGAUGUGAUUUUUGAAGCAUUUUUCUUUAGAAAGUAAUUAGAAUCCAUAUUUCUUUUCCCUCAGGAGUGCUCGUCCGAGAUCGCUGAUUCAGUGCCAGAGAUCCAGCAGGCGUUUAAGUGCGCCGAAGAUCUGAUCAGUGACAAAAGUGUUGACCCUAGAGAUAGAGAGUCAAUAAAGAAAGAAAGAAAUGAAAUUGGGGAAGGAUUUAAGAGCCUGAAGCUUGAACUGAAUGACUACGAGAAGGAGUAAGUUUGAUUAGGCUAAAUUAAUUGCUUUUAAUUCUUGAUUGGAGUCAUAAAACACAUUGGCCUUACUCCGACGAAGGCAAUUAAAGGAGCUCUUCUAGUUCCUCAGAAUUUAUGAACUCGUAUAAUCUGGCUUCUUCAAACAGCCAAGGGAACUGCCACGGUUGUUUUUUCUGGAGUAGGAAGGCGGCUUUGAAGAUUUCUUUGGCUCACUUGUAGUGAUUUUACUCCGGCGGUUUUCUCCACAGAUUAGAAGACUUAGGCCUUCAACAAGAUAAAGAAAAAUCGGAGAAGAUUACAACAUGGCAAACAUGGAUCAUUCGAAUGAGGAAGUUGCAGGAUAAGUGUCAAGCGAAGACAAAUGAACUCAAGGAAGCAAAUGAGCCACAAAAUAAGAAAGAAGUCGAAGAACAAAUGGUCCUUGUGAAGGUCAGAACUAGUUUCUUAGCUUGAGUUAAUUAGAUUGUGCACUAGGAAUUUGAACUUCGCUUUCUAUCUAUAGCUGCAGUACAUUUAUUGAAAUCUUUACAGCUCCUUUUACUGCUUCGGGACUUGUGAAGUAAAAGGCAGGGUUUUCAAAAUGAAAAAAAGUAUCAGGAGGAAAUUUUAAAAUAGCCGGAGCACCACUGCGCCGCGACAGCGGCGCCGGGCGGCAAAGCCGCCCGUGGGGAGGGUGAAAAUCUGCAUGCUCUGAGGUGCAUUCUGGUGCAUUUUCAGGACCAAAAAGUUAUUUUUUAGGUCGUUGUACACUUUAUUAUAACCUAGAGUUUUUCUUAAAUCUGACUCAUUAUCAAGAGUUUCUUGAAAAUUAUGUUUACUCAUACAUAUUACAAUGCUUUCCUUCCAGUCCCAUGUUACAUAUUACAAUUUACAUCUAAAUAAAAAUUGACCUCUUUCCCUUGUCAGUACUUCAUUGACCUGUUAUAACAUGAAUCAACUUUUGAAAUAAUUAUUUUUGCAGUCAGAGUUUUCCUACAGAUUGAAAAUACAGAUGAACAGUUUCGUUAUGGCAUCCAAGCACUCAGGCUCGAUUCUUUUUAGUUAAAAGUCACUGUCACUGAAAUCACUUUCCCCCAUUGCACUGUCCCUGUCACUGUCGUCACAACUUGGAUCAUCUUGAAAAUUUGCUAAGCCAAGUUUAAUGAGGGCCUGCUCUUCCUCUUGCAACGCUUGUUGUUCUUCUUGACUCUGACGAUCUUCAACUUGUGGGUCCGUCUGUGUUGAUACACUUGUUAAUUCUGGUGGUGCAGGUUCUUUGCCCUUGCUUUCUCUUGAGGCUGACUUCCCUUUGGCCAAAUUGUAGCGUUUUCCAGAGAGCCAUUUCUCAGUGGUCUUCUUCACCAGGGUGUCACAUUCUGAAGAAUUUGCCUCUGGACCAUUCAUAGAGAUAUUAACAAGGGCCUCCAGCAUCUCAUUGGUCAGCCUGCUCCUGAGCCUUGACUUUAUAAGCUUAACUCGACUGACUCCCCUUUCAGGCCAUGCGUUGCUUAUGGGCAUCGUGAGAGCUAUUUCUACAAUGUGCAUGAGGAGAGGGAGAAGAGAAAGGAAAGAAGAUCUUUGUUUCAUUAGCUGGGACAUGCACCACUCUGCUGGCAUGGUAGUCUUGCCUUCUUUUACAUCAGCUGGAAUGGCCAUCUCCUUCAUGUGGUACUUUAAUAUAUUCCACUCUGCCAAAAGUCGGUCUUGUUGGUCGGGGAAGUAGUGCUUGGCAAGAACUUGGAUAGAAUCUACUCCGUAAGAGGGAAGUUCUGAAGAGCUUGCAGGAAUAAGAGUUGGAUCAAAGAUGGAGAGCGCUCCCAGAAGAGGGAGGGUGUUCUGAAACCUCAGGUCGAUGUUUUCCUUCAAAGCAGAGACAUACUUGAGCAACAAAUUUCGCAUGGAUGCAAGCUGAUGCUCAGAAGGGGAAAACUGCAGCAGCACCAUCUUUCCUUCCUUGAUAUCUUGGCAAAAUUGCUUGAUGGGGACUUCUUUGGUUGCCACUUCAUCCAGCGCUGCCUUAGCACGAACAAUUUCUGGUUUAAGGUGACUGAAAUUGACAGUAGAAUGCUGAAACGAUUUUGACAGGUUGUCAAGAACAGGAAGCACAUGCUUUAAAACAUACAAGCAAGCCAGGAAGCGGACGUUGUUCAUUUGAACUAACAGGCCCUGGCAUGUGGGGUCCUCAUCUUUCAUCCUGAUAAGGAACUGGAUGAUGGCAGAGAAGCUCUCCCAAGCGGAUUGAACGGCAGCGUUAAAUGACAGCCAUCGUGUCUGACAGGCCUUCUUCAGCUUCUUAGCUAUCUUCUUCUGCGAAUUCUUGUUUGAGAGAGUUAUUUCACUCACCUCAAGUUGAACUUUCAGGAAAAUGGCUGUCUUCUUGUUCGAGUUGUCAAGGAGUUGCCAAAGGGUGUUUAGUGUGUUCUGCAUCUUCUUUAUUGUGGCAAGAUCGUUUAAAGUGUCGGUACACGCCAGCGCUAGUUUGUGACAAACACAGUGGACAGAUAUUAACGACUGGAUUCUUUCAUCUGCUUUCAGCCUGGUAGCUACACCUGACCUUUCUCCCACCAUGACACUUGCUCCAUCUGACACAAAGCUUUUAAACCAGUCAAAACUGAGACUGUGUUUCUCAAUGACUUCCAGAAGGAUGCUUGUGAUGGUUAAAGAAUCUGCUGCGUCAGAGCUGGCGAGAACAUUUUCCAAACACAAAAAUUUCACCUCAACCUUUUCGCUACCCCUGUUAUAAUACUGGAUGAAACCAAUCAUUUGCUCCAAAUUUGCAAUGUCAGUCAUGUCAUCAACCAUCACCCCAAAUGGCCCAGUUACAGCAGAAAUGACUUCAUUUUGAAUCAUUUCACCAAGAAGAAGCAACAUGUUGCGAAAGGAACCUACUGAUGUGUGAUUAAAGCCACUCAUAUCACACCCCAGCUUCGCAACCAACUUUAACAGACUCUUAACCUUGACAUUUGCUAUAUCCUCCUUUGCCAACCAGUAAAGGCAAUAGAAAACUCUUUCAUACACAUCAACCUGAACUUCAGCAUUAUGAUCGAGCUCUUUCUGGAAAACUGAGAACCUGUUCAUAAGAAUGGCAGUGAUUGCAUCUUUGUGUCUCUUUGUUGCAAUGUGCUCCUCGAGGCAAUCUUUCUUUAACCUUGUGCUUGGUUCUGCAGAAAAAAUUCCUUUUUGUUUUGGGGAUUCUUGGAAUCAAACUUCUUGCAGAUCAGACAGUAUUGACCUUCUCCUUCGAUGUAAACGAGCCACCACAUCUGUACUUUAGGGCUAUAGGCCAAAUCCUUAUUAAAGAUAAGGCUGUGAUUAAACAUCUGCUUCUUUUUGGUUGUUUUGAUGCGUGCUCUUUCUUCUUGAGACACACCCAAGCAGUCACGCUUUUUGCAGAGAAUGUAGUGAUGAAUUUUCUUCGUCUGCUGUUCUUCAGUGAAACUGUUCGUGAUAUCACUCUCUGACUGUAUACACACAGUAUCUGUGGGAGGAAAAUACAUGUAAGAUUCUUUACCUUUUUUUCUUCAGUGUGUGAUGCAAACCACCAACUAGAGAAGGCUACUCUCAAAAAAAGAAAGAAAUAUCACGAAUUGUAAUAAAAAGUUCGUUUACCUUCAGCGUGGUUGGUAGGGGCUGCGGUCACAGAGAUUUCUUGACAGUCGCGUAACACAUUGACGGGCAAACUUUCGGCAUCUUCGAAGUUUAAGGACGUACUAGGCGUUGCAGAAGACCCUUCCGUGUCUGGUGCAUCUAACGAAAGCAGUGAGAAUAUGUAUCGAUGUUGACAAUGUGUACCAUUUAUCCCCCCAUGACCAACGCGUUAAAUAAACCAAGCAUAGUUAUUUCGCGCUCACGUAUAUGACCUCACGUAUACAAAAUUUGAGUUAAAGGCGGAGAUUAAAUUUUAUUUUUUUAGCGCGACAUACAAGCUCCAUAAAUAAUGCAUUGUUAGCCAAAAUUUCAAUCGAUUAGAUAAAUCAAUUUUAUUCCGCGGGCACAACUGUUUUAACUGUUUUUUUAGUUAUCAGAAGAACAAUGCUUUGCUAAACAAUCAAUUUCAGUAAAACUCAUAUAUGUUAAGCGAGCCGUAACAUGUGGCGCGACUUAUGUCGCGACUAGUCUGGCUGUGUCGGCUUCGUAUAAAAUUAAUUUUCCAUAAAGAACUGUAAAACAUUCAGUUUCACCCGCUUUACUGAUUAUGAAGACUUGAAAUGAAACUUUAAGUCUCACAAAAAUCUUAAAAAUGCCUGGCUUAUAUAAAAAAGUUAAAUGUGACCAAAUUUGUGUCGGCAUAAAAUUUAUUUAAUCGCCAGAGUCUGCCAGUUCAUUCUCGAAACGGCGCCUCACGAAACCAAGCGUUGAAUAAAUAAAAGCAUCCCUUAUAAAUCGCCUUGUUGACAAUAAAUAAUUCAACCUAAGCGAUACAAUAUUGUUUUCAAGCAAUGUUUCAUUCAUAACAUGCACCAAUACUUAUUUUCUGAUGGACUGGGGGAUUGUAAACAGGAACCCGGCGAACAUUUGCAUUUUAAAAAGUGUUUCAUACCUGCAAUCUCCUUUCUUUGCUGUUUGAACCCAAACUGGGUUAAAAGCGGCUGUGAUUUCUGCCUUUUCAUCCGGUGACUGGGACCGUUUUCUUAAAGAAAGCGCCAAGUACAAAGCUCUCACGAAUUCACAAACAGAUUCAAACACGCGAUGUGGAGAAGAAGACGAUUUCAUAAUUCGCUUACGCAAGAAAAAACUAGUCACGAAAUAGCAGGAUCAAAUGUCGGUCUUUCGUGGGAAAACGCAAAUGGUUUCCAGUCCAAGUUGAAUGCUGUUGAAUAAAAGAGUUACGAUUUCUGAUGCUGGAACGUGAUCAGUGGGCAAGAACAAAAUAUGUUAUCCUUAACUUUAACCCAUAGGAAUCGGAACUUUAUGUUUUUUUAAUUUUUUUUUUUAAUUUUGACUUCCAAAAGUACCCGGCGCUAACGCUCGAAGUAGCCGGUGACUUGCGUCGGGCGCCGGUUACUUUUGAAAACACUGACUUUAAAAGGGUGGUUGUAAAUGUUUGCAUCAAACAUGAAUGAUUUGAGAAAUAACAAACUGGUCGGAACAAACACAAGUAACAUGUCAGGCUGCAUAUAGUUAAAUGCAAUCCACAAUUGGGCACAAAACCCAAUCAUGUUUCCCUAAUAUUUCGGUGGUAGGAUUGCAAUGGAAGUGUAAUGCGAUCACACGUGUGGUGCAUCGUUCAGGUUUACGAAACGUCAGUCGUCGAUACAUGGUCACAAAGUUUUCAAAGACAGCCCUUGUAAGGCAAACUUUUGCGAAAGUUUUGCAUAUCAUAUUUUUUUGGUACUUAAAUGUAGGAGUGUAAGGAGGAGCUGGAGGCCGCUAAACCGGUGAUUCACGAAGGUAUUGACUACGGGAAGCUCUUGAUAGAGGAUGAAAUACUUGAUGAUGAGGUUAAGGCUUCAAUCAAGAAGGACGUGAACGAUAUGGAAUAUAAUCUGGACAAAAUGGAGAAAGACAACGCUGACGAACAGGGCAGGUAACAAACGGUUAAAAAAAUCUAGAUUAAGGCUUUUGUAAACGUGUGGAAUAUCACUAGUUUUAUCUGUGGUCCAUAUUUUCUCUUCAUUUAUAUCGAACACGAUUCUAUUUCGGUAACUACUUGAAAAAAUGAUGAGCUUUGAAAAUAUAAUGGAUUUGUAUCUUUGCCUGGUAAAAUGUCUUAGAUAAGAUGACCCACACACACAAAAACUGAGCAUUGUCCUUUAAAAGAGAGAAAUUAAUAAAAAAAAAUCGAACUCCAUUGGUCUUUGUUAACCGAGUGGCUGUUGCAUUUUUUCCAUAAAAUACUUAAUUUACUAACAAUUGAAGUAAUCUAGAUGUCUGCAUAUUUGCCUAUGUCUUACUUGAUAUCUACGUAGGUUGGAAAUUCUAGCCAUCCAGUUCGACACCGAUAAAAAGGACAAAUUAGUAAAAUGGGAAACUUGGAAGGUGAAAUUGAGAUCAAUUCUUGCUUUGAAACGAAACCACCUUGACGAGGUCAAGGCCGACGAUCCCACGAACCGGAACGUGGAGGAAUUAUUAGCGAAAGCAAAGGUAGGCUUUUGAAGCAAUUUUCAGGCGAGUUUCGCAGGUAAUCUGGGAUUGUGUUGGUUUUACCUCUCAACACUCGGUGAUUGGUCGAGAAAGCUCGCGCCACCCGCUUCACCAAUCAGGAAAAAAAACCGAAACCAAUCGCGGAUUGGUCGCGCCCGUUUUGCCGCCCUUCGGAGAUCCGGAGUUAGCAUUUUUAAUCUCUCAAUGCCUCCUUGUGACACUUGCUUUUCCUCUUCUCGGCUGUUGUGAUUACUGAGAUUGCUUUGGUUUAUGUUUUGCGAGGUUCAGUUGAAAAACAAAAGGACAAGAAGAUAAUAAACGAUAUACCAAAGUACACGCAGAGUCAAAAAAUUUAUUUAACCAGAAUGACGAUUUCGAACCUCUGCUUUUACAUUUGCUGACCUCUCUCCUUGACUUAAAACUUUUAAACACCAUGUGAUUAUCAGGUCUGAUUUUCUUUGUGACCAUUAGGAUUGCGAGGAUAGCCUGACCAAUACAGAACCGGAGAUCAAGUUUGCUUUAGAUUAUGGUGAGCAACUCGUGGAUGACGAUCUGACUGAUCCUGAUGAAAAGCAAAAGAUCCAUGAUGAUGUGGUAGAAAUGGAACGAACUCUGAAAGACCUGAAGGAAGAUACCGCUAAAGAGAAACUAAGGUAUUUUGUCUAAGACUUUUCAGGAUUGUACUCUGACAUUUUGAUUCCGCUAGUUCACAUACAUUACUGUAUGGCCUUCAGGUCCGUACAUGUGUACUUGUUUGGUUGAUCGAUUGAUUGAUAAAAGGUAGUAAAUUCAUCUAGCAUAAUUUACAAGAAGAGCAUCUAAUUGUACUCAGCUAAUCUAGCUAAUGAAAUAAGACAAAGCCUGUCCUUUCCUGAGACUGCUUUUCAAGGAUGCUGUGUAUGCAAAGUCUAAAAAUGUAAUAUAUAACGGACUAUGCACCUAAAAUGCACAACACCUAACUUUUCUUUAACUGAUAAUAUUGUUGCCAGGUUGCAGCAAAUAUAUUUCCAACAAAACGAAGAAAAGGAGAAAAAACUGAAACAGUGGGAGAUAUGGGUUAUUCGUAUAAACAAACUACAGGGCGAAUGUCAGGAAAAAGUGAAAGAUUUGAAGUCUAAAGGAGAUCCUCAUGAUAAGAAGGACUUGGAAGAGCAGAUUGUUUUAGCUAAGGUGAGUUUUUUUUUUGUCUGUUAGCGAAAACCUGUACGUUCUAUCGGUUUACCAGCGUAAUGACUCACCUGGCAUGUAAGGAGAACACGAGAAAAGUUUGCUUAAAGAAUUUAUCUGGAGACCAAGUUCAUAUAGAAAAAUGUAUUUUGAGACUUGUAUGCGUCUUUUUCAGUAAGGUGUAUUCAACUUUUGUAGGAAUUCGAGGAGGAGUUGCAAUCAGCCAAACCGGUGAUCAAUGAAGGUACUGCAUAUGGGUCGCUGCUUCUAAAUGAUGAUAUCGUUGACGAAGACAACAAGGCAAAAGUCAAACAGGACCUGGAUCACAUCGAAGAGGAUCUAAAAGAAUUAGAAAAGGCUAAUGGCGAUGAGCAGAAAAGGUAAAAAUCCAUAACAAUUUCAGGCGACUUUGCAAAACCUAAUUAUACGACAACGAAAAGGAUUUGAGAUAUUUGGGGUCGAAAUUUUCAACUAUAAUAAAUACAGUGUAGCAAGUCGUCUUCUACAUAAAGGCCUGGUGCGAUAAUGUAUGGCACUUUAUUAUUCGACCGUAUUUUUGGUGGAGGCAGCUCAACAAGCGGUUUAGAGCCCCGUGUUUCAGAUCUUGAUUCCCGGGUUCAAACCUUCCAUGAUAUACAAUACAGUGGGCUUUUUUUCGGUAUUCAUGAGUUUUCAUCACAGAGAUUCACUUUGUAAAAAGGUAAGUGAUUUUCCUCACACCGUUGACGUCCUUUUUUAUCAAUUAACGUUCUAUGUACUCUAUUUGUUUGUGCAGGGUCCGCUAUCAGAUCGUAUGAGCUUAAUAUCGUGUCACAUUUAUUACUUAUGGAGUCUCACUGAUGUCCUUUCAGGCUUGAAGAUAUUCUUUAUCAGAAAGGUGAAGAGCAAAAAGUCACAGAGUGGAAGAACCGGACCACACGCAUCCACAUUUUGAUAAAGGAUUGUGGUGACAAAAUGGCUGAACUACAAGCUAAGGGGAAUCCGAAGGACCGCGGGGAUGCCGAAGAGCAAAUCACUUUGUCAAAGGUACUGAGGAUUUGCCUUAAGUUUUUCUUUGUUGAGAGAAAAUGUUUGGUUCUUAUUUCAGCUGAGUUUUGCAGAGGUCUAAAUUUUUUCCUAACCUUUUGUAUGAUUUUUUUUUUCAUCUCAUUCUAUUUAAUUACAGGAAUGCAGUCACAAACUACAGGCAUCAAAACCCGAGAUAAAUGCCGGUCUGGCAUUUGGAAAAGAACUAUUGGAGGAUGAUUACAUUAGUGACGUAAACAAGGCUAACAUCAAGCAAGACUUAAAUGAGCUAGGAGGAGACAUGGAGAGACUGGAGCGAGCCAACGAUGAACAAGAACGCAGGUAAAUUAUCUUUUAGUCUCAAAUUAAACCUGAAUGUAAAAGCCUUUCCCAGGUCCGAAGUACAUGUAUUCGUUUACAAAGCAAAGGAAGUGUUUUAAAUAUGUCUCACGUACCUUUAAACACACUUAAACGCUAAACAAUAGUUUAUGCAAACGGCCCUUGAAGAUGAAGGAUUGCCAGCGGAAAUCUAACCUCUUUCGCUGUUUCGCACUCUCUUGUGAGUGUCGAUAACAUUUUAAAGACUUUAGUAAACGCCUACCGCACCAGUUAUCCUUUUUUCCACAUUCUUUAAUGUUUCAAGGUUACGUAAGGGAUCCUCGACAAUCAUCGUUCGAGAAGGGUCAAAAACGUUGUAUGAAACGGUUUUUUAAGUGCCCAAAAGAAUGGUCACGAAACCAAACUAAAGUUUUUACUUUUGUUUUCUGAUCUUUUCUUGCAGGAUUCGAGAGCGCUUAGACGCAUUACAGAAAGAGGAAGCGGUGAUAAAAGAUUGGCGUGAUAGAUGUGCCAGCUUGACAUCUUAUAUGGAUGCUGCUGAUGAAAAAAUUCAGAAUGGGAAGAACGCAGAGAGCAAUGAGGACAUUGAAAGCUCUUACAUCCUGCUCAAGGUAAUCAAUGGGAAAUUUCACAGACUUGUAGGUAUAUGUAAGAACUAGUAAGUAAUUCAUUGCUUUGAGUUGUAUACCAUGGAAUAUUCCACUAGUCAUCGAGUCAUUAGAUCGCAUUUCAUGAUAGGAAGGUUUGUGUAAUGGUGUCGAUUAGAAAACAGCUUUUGUACAUCCUGAUUGAAUGUGUUUUCUAUCUUCGUUUAUUAAUGGCUGAGUAUUUGCUAAAUCAGACGCUAAAAUAUCAAUCAAAAGAAUGAGUUAAAGCACUUUUUGAUUUUAAAAUUCCAACCGGUGUUUUGUUACUCUCAGUUCCUCUGACAAUCAUUUACGAACCAAAAUGCAUACUACCGUACUGACGAAAAGUGUCUUCAGUUGUCUCAACGGCUCUGAGGUGCUGGGAGGGGGACAGUUCUCAAAGACCCCAUUGUCAAGUGUUGUCUGUAUUUGAUGCUGUUCUCUCGUAGUAUGUUUUACUUAUUUUCUUAUUAAUUUUGUUGAAUGUUCUUUCGUAGGAUCUCUCAGCAGAUCUUGUGCAAACUGAACCGGAAAUGAUAAAGACUUUAGACUUCGGAAGAGAGUUAGCAUCAAAUAAAAAUUUGAGCUCUGAUAGCCGUCAAAAAGUGACUGACGAUGUGAGUGAUGUGGAAAAAAGAUGGAAGACUCUUAUGAAAGAGUCUCAAGAUGAAUACGCUAGGUAAUGUUGUUGGCUUGAUAUGCAUUGGCUUUGUGGGUAGUAUAAAUAAAGUAAAAUGAGCGAAAAGGAGAAGAAUAAAUCGAAAGGCAAGAAAGGAUGGAUAGUAAGAUGGAAGAGGAAUAAAAAGGGUGGGAAAAAAGGGAAAAAGGGAAAGGGUGGAAUAAUGUGUCACAAGCUAAUCUCGUGAGAAUUCGGAUGGCGUCGUCCUAUUAUAAAAACCGGACUAUAAGUUGCUCUAAAGCUUACAAGGUGAGAGAAUCUUGUGAGCAAGUAUUGAUUGACCAUAAACAUUUACACAGAUGCAAGAACGUGUUCAUUACUAGAGCCGGUGUUUUUUUUAUACAAAAUAUUUGCAAAGGAUACACGAUUCAUGACUAAACGUCUGCUUGUGCUUGUUUCGAAGCGAAAAUCAGUGCGACACUGUAGCAAAUAAAACCAUCACCUCUGGCGAGAUUGAAUAAGAGAUACAGUUCAAUGGCCAUGUUCCAUUCUUUCUUUUUUUGCUAUUUUAGGCUUGGUGUUGAACUAGGAGCUUCACAAGCUCGACAAAGAAACUUGGAGACCUGGCACGAGCGAUGCGAUGAUCUUCAUGGUUGGGUGACCGACAGAUACACAAGGUUACGUUCCCGACCGACUUCUCCUGAAGCAUCUUUUGGGGGAAUAAAAAGACAACAGAGUGUUAUUGAGGUAAAAAUUUCUCGAACGUAGCGUCUCAUUUUUCCAGAUCUUAUGUCGGUUUUUGAAAAUGAACCGACAAAAAAAUAUUGCUACCCCUCCUGAAAAUGAUUGUUUCAUCUCAAGCAACCUUCCACCCUCAGCACUUUAGAAGAUCCCCCCCCUCCUCCAAUUUUUAGGCACUGGAUAUACUCCUGUGUGCAGGCUAAGUUUGUAAGAACCAUGUGUACUAUCACCUUGGGUACGACUCAAGCCCUAAUUAGGGCUUGAACGCUAACAUCUGGAUUACUUAUUCCCAACGAUAAGGCUACUGUAAUGCUAAAAGCCCCCCACCCCUUUUAACUUGCUUGUUAGGCACUUGCUGUUUCGCCCAAUUUAGGGAGUCUUUUUCCGUUAAGCUGACCUUAAUUUUGUGUUAUCGACUGUGCGUUUUCAGGAUCUCGUCAAGGACUUAACUUCCAAACAAGAUGAAGUAAACGAAGUUAUUGACGAAGGAAAUCAAGUCAUCGACGAUCAUACUUAUGCAGAAAAAGAAAGGAAACUUGUUCAUGAGAAGAUGACCGCACUUCACGAUGACUGGAAUAAACUAGCCACGUUGACUUCCGGUAAACAGCAAAGGCAAGUGUCGAGAUUUGUAAGGGUCAGAUAUCUGUUAUUGAGUGAUCAGUAAGAUUUCGAUUCAUUUAUUGCUCUUCAUCAAAUUCAGUGUUUUAUAAAAGCCCAUAAGGAGUAGUGAAAAAGUUUGCUUUACAUCCCAGUUCAUCAAUCGCACUUUACCACCGACAUAAAUACGAGAUGGCUUCCGGAAACAACCACUUGUUUUCGCUAUCAACUAAUCAUUCCCACCUUUUAUACCUUCUCUUGACUUUGAUAUAACUGGAUAUCGCUUUUUUAUUUCCCCUUUUCAGUGUCCAAGUCUUACUUCUUGAGAAGGAACAACAGCACCUUGACAAGACGCAGAACUGGAGAAGAAGAAUUGAUCCUCUUGUGUUUUGGGUUUCUUCAGCCGAGGAUAAGCUGAACACACAAUUUGCAAUUGCCCCAGAUCUGGACACCGUCAAGAAACAGAAGACUGAACUUGAGGUGCUUAGAAAUAAUCACUGCGGCGGAUUUUCAGAAUGGUUGGGAUUAAAAAUUCUGCGGUAAAACACCGCUUUCGAGGCUCAAAGCGCCUCAGUGUCUUAAAAGCUUUCACAUUUGAGCGGAGACCAAGUUGAAAAGCACUUGAAACACCGUGUCGAAGGGACAACAAUGUUCUGAUUUCCUAACUUUUUCCUAAUCUCGUUUUUUCUCGUUUUGACAUCUUGUAUUUUCUAGGAUUUCAAUAAUGAAAUGCUUUCUCACCAACGUGAAGUGAGUGAAACUUUGGAAUAUGGAGACAAACUACUGAAAGACCCAGAGCUUCCUGAGGACGAUCGUACGGCGAUACAGAAAGAAGUCCUGGAUCUUAGUCAUCGCUGGGAGAACCUGGAGGAGUUAGUCAACUGGAAAUCCGAGAGGUAAAAAAGCAUAGCAUGGGUUUUUUUGUUUUUUUGUUUUUUUGUGCCGGCUUAUUCUACCUGUUCAAGGAACUCAUUUUGAACGGAGAGAAGAAGCCAGGUGGGUGAGGCUCUCCUUCCCCCGUCCCCCCCCCCAAAAAAAAAGACGAAAAUAAAUUUCAAAAAACGGAAGGAUCCUUAGAAGACCCGCUCUAUGACUCUAUUGGUCUUUUUACGAGUCUAAAUCACCGGAAAGUAUGCUUGGAGCAACCGGUCCAAGAUAAUUCUUGACUCCUCAACGUUUUACAAGACAGCUCUUCUCACUCUGCCAACCUCUUACAAACAGAAUUGACGACACUAUCUCAAAACUCAAGAUGCAGCAAGAGGACAAACUCCAGAAAUGGCAUGAGGGACUUGAUGAGGUCAGUGGAUGGGUAGUGAAGACAAGAGUUAAGGUUGAAGUCCAACAGAGACUGGCUACCGAUGUGGACGCUGCUUUGGAACAAAUAGAUGACUUUCAGGUUUGCUGUUGUUUUUAAUCUCCUCGUUGUUGUUGUUUUGUCUCAAAUAUUUCCUUUUUAGGGUUCUUUCUUCACGUAAGGCUCUUAUUGUCCGUCAAUUUCUUUGUUGUAAUCCUGCGGCCUUACCAUUCUAAGAUUGAGUAAUUUUGCGAAUGAUUCUAAGAAUGAGCGACUUGAAGCAACGAAUGUGCUGAUACUCUAUGUUUUGAUUUCAAUUAAGGAAAUCAUCAAAGACGCUCCAGGUUAUCAAGAAAAGGUAACUCACCUAAACGAGUUCAGUGGCAACCUCGUUACUGACCCAUGUCUUGGAGAAGAAGAGAGGCGAGGUGUCCGCGAGGAAACUGUCAUCUGUAAUGAAAAUUGGAACGAUCUGGUUAAUCUCGCUAAUGCUAAGCAGGCCAGGUAAUUGAAUGUUUGUAUAUAAUACUCUUUAGCACCUGACUUGGUGGCUCGCUUGACCCCAGGUUGAGGGUUACAAUCUGGAACUUCGGAGGGUUUAUUGUGUUGGGAGCAUAAUUUUAUCUACAUCAAAACACAGUUAGACGAUAUUGCACUUUAGAAGAAGAUCAUUUGUAUGCAGCUAUUUAUUGACCACAUGUUGAAAUCUUGCAUUCUUUUUUCUUCCUGUUUUAGAAUGGAAGAAAACCUCAACAAAUUGGAACGACAAGAACAGGACGCUUUAGAGCGAUGGAGGAUUCGCUCAGAAAGGGCGGGUCUUGCGUUAGAUAAACUGGAGGGUCAGAUAUCUGUUAUUGAUGACCCUAUAGGGAAUGACAUAGAGACUGUCAGGAGACAGGAGGAUGCGUUUGAGGUCAGCACAUUCAUAUUUUUACUGCAACUAACAACAGUUUUGUUGGAAAGCAACACAUGACAUGUUUGGUACAUAAGGGUCGGCUUUUAACCAUUCAUUAAUCAUUUACCUCCACUUCUACUCACUUAAGAGAUUAACCCUUCAUAUACAUGACUUCACGGUCCCGUGGUCGUGUUCGGUCUAGAUUGCCAUUGAGCAGAUGUUGUCUCUGGAGAUGGAGAACAUCUUCAAUUUGAUUCAAAUCGAUAAGGCCUAUGUUGUAAGCAAUGCCCACAUACGUUUUGUUCAAGUGACCAAACUGUUUUCUUCAAUGUGAAAGAAUUUAUUUUUAUCUGGUUUCAUUACCCUGCAGAUAUUUUCCAAUGAAAUGGAACUGAACACAACUCAAAUGCUUGACACUCUUGCCUUGGGAGAGAAAGUUAAAAAGGAUCCCAAGCUUACCCAGAAAAGGAAAGAUGAGGUGGUGGAACAUCUCAAUUCUUUGACAGCACGCUGGGACCGAAUAAAGGAUUUUGUUGCCUUGAGAAAAGAAAGGUAUGCGACGCAUACAGGUGUAGGUUCAUAUCUCAAUGUUAUAACAACAUUUUCAAAUGUAUUUUUACUAUUUGUUUCAUAAUGACAUGCAUGGCUUACUGGUAUUCCAUACUAAGCUACCUGACAUGGCUGGGUUGGAAUUGGUAAAUAGUUUGAAAAUUAUUCUUCUUUAUCAAACUCAAGACCUUGCUAAAAUUUUUAUUCUUCCUUCAAAAAUUGCAGUACUGAUCUCCCUAAUCGCUAUUUCCAUAUGUUUUCAAAAAUAACUGAAAUAUGGUUUCGACUAGCUAUUUUUUCUACCAUUUUCUCUCUAUCUAAGACUUGAUGAAGCUUCCAAGAGGAUGCAGAGGGACAGACGGAAGAAGCUCGAUGAGUGGGAAGAAAAGGUUAAUCACUUCGAUAGUUUUUUACGAAAGGCAGAGAGAGAAACAGAGAGGCUAGAGCCAAUAGCAGAUGACCUGGAGACUGUUCAAAGGCAAUAUGACGAUUUCCAGGUACGAUAUCCAAAAUAAAGAAUCAAAUGAGUUUUGUUAUCAACUGAGGAUUUAAUGAAAAAAAAAAUAGUUUGUGCCAUUGGCGUAGUUGAUUGGCUGAAGAGUUGGUGAAAGACGUCGCCAAGCUAUAAACCGAGUCUGCAAUCUCGGGGCUGGAUAUCCUGAUCCAGGCAUCCUUAUUAUCACAAAAACAAAUCUACGAGCGGAAGACCCCAAAGACGCCCUCAGAAAGGGAGGCAACCUCUGCACGGCUCAAAACUGUACUGAUUAAGUUAGGAUUUCCCUCAACAGCGUGACUGAUAAGAAAAAAAACAACAACAACACCUAGUUUCACUGUUCUUCAAACUAAAAUUCUAAUAAAAGUACAUUCUUUUUGACGAGUUCUCGAAGCAUGCCUUUUAUUAUGUUUAGAAAACGAACCAGCUGAUUGGACAGCAGAAGAAAGUAGAUGACUUCGAAACUUUCACCGUCGAAUUACUAGCAGACCCUGUAAUUGACGAGAGAUCAAAACAGAGCAUGGAGCACGAUAAAGACGACCGCCUUGAGAGAUGGGAAAGGGUCGUCGAAAAGAUUAAUGAUCACCAGCAUGGGUAACUGCACUGUCAUUGCAAAUUUAUAUAUUAAGCUGGUUCUGUCCAAUACGUUUAAACAGCAUGCAAACAACCAUCGUCAGAACUCGUUUCUUGUUUUCCGAAAAUUAUCGCGAUAUUUCGAGCGAAACUUUAUGACUUAUCUUUUGGACUUUUAGAGCGUCUGCGUUAUGAUCCAAAAAAGUUCAAAUCGGUGCAACACAACAUGUUUUUUCAGAACGAAAACUGAACGAGUAUUCGAAGUUAUUUGUAAAUAGUCUAUAUUUAAAAAGAAUAGCGAUAGCAUCAACUGUUCAAUAUCAGACAGCUGCGAAUAACUAAAAACUCUAUUCUUAUUUGCAGAUUGGAAGAACAACUGACAAACUUGGAGAAAACUGAGGGUGAACUUUCGAGAUGGAAUGACCAAUUUGACAUAAUCCAGGAGGAGGUUGCGAAAGUUGAAAGCGUCUGUGAGCAGGAAAUUGCUCCAGAUUUCGACGCGCUGGAGAAACAGAAGACUGAAGUUCAGGUGGGUCAAACGAGAAAACGUUGUGUGCUGUUUACGGACAAAUUAUUUGAGAUGUUGUUCAGUUUCCACGAUGUGAAUGGAGCUUGCUUAUUUUUGCAGAGACUGAAGAAAACUGUAAACGUACUGGAUCCACAAGUUGACGACUUUCUCAAGAACUCUGACAGGUUGAUCGACCAAAGUGACGUCCCCGAAAAGGAUUUGGAGACUGUGGAACAUGAGGCUGAAGUCUUCAAAAAACGUUGGAAUAAAGUAAAGUUCGAUCUUGACGCGAGACAACAGAGGUUUGUAAGGGAAAUAAAACUAGGAAUGUUGUGAAAUGGUCCAUUUAAUAUACAACUAUAUAUGGAAGAGCUCUGUUUAUUUCUUUUCCAGAAUCGAAGAUAAGCACCUCAGCCUACAACAACGUCAAAAAGAUUUGUUAGGGCAGUGGAAGAACUCUUGUAACUCUACUCUUAAGUGGUUAUCUGACACCUCUGCGCGUGUGCAAGCUCAAGAUGUAACUCCUCCGGAUCUCGAUCAUGCGCGGGCUCAAAGACAGGAAAUUGAGGUCUGUGAAUGCCCAUCUUUUUGCUAAGUAGUGUUCACGAUUUUAGUGUGCUAGGUGUUGCCUUUCGUUUGAUAAAAAGAUCAUCUUUCUUUUUCUCCAAAUCACUUUAGGACAUUUUGCGAGAAAUAAAACGGCACGACAAUCAGAUGGACAAGCUAGAUCAACUUGGAGACAAGAUUACUAACGACCCGAGCAUGCGUGACUUGGAGAGGAACUUGGUUAACAAUGAAAAAGCUACCAUUAUCGAACGCUAUAAAGGACUUCUUGCAUCAACGGAGGCUGCAAAAAAUAGGUUCGUUGCAAUUAAUAUGUACUAGCAGUGAGAAAUACUUGAUAUGAGGAAUGUCAUCGUGCUAUAUUCAAACAAAUUCUCUCUUUCCAAAUAAAGUACUUAAACUGAAAAACUAACAACAAACUCAAGAUUUUCCAUUAUUAUUUGUUCUCAUGAGAAUCACCAUAAAGCCACACUUUUUGAGAGGUGAUUGCUUUCACUGGUGCUCAUUUUUUUCCAUAAAAAAGUAUUCGAUUUGGAUAUUAGCUCGAGGGUAAGUCCGAGAAAUAUCCAAUGAUCUUAAAAGAAUGAGUUUCUACUUAGACCCCCUUUAGGGAGAAGAUGCAUUUUUUGUCAUGUCCCGUAGAAAUAAGCAUGUUGUUGUGCUUCUGUUCUAGAUUGGAUGAUCAAAUUAACCAAAUGGAGAAAGAGCAAGGAGAAAAGAUGAAGCUCUGGCCAGAAAAAACGGAUCCCCUUGAUAAAUGGCUGAUAAAGAAUGAGACAACUGUUCAGUCCUACGAGCCAAUCGGAUACGACAUCAGCUAUGUAAAAACACAAGAAAAAGACGCACAGGUUGGGGCAUUUUCUAAUUGUUUGGUGUGAGAACAAGUUCACUAGUUAAUGAAAUUAAAUGGAAAACAGCGUUAUCAAUGUUUUAAACAGGUUAUGUUUAAAAUUUAACUUCACUAUAGCUCCUGUACUCUGUCCGGCAGGAAAACGAUGUUUUUUCUAUAGAAGAGCUUAAAAGUCUAUGUUGUUCUGACAGUGGCUGAGAGAGGAAGAGAUGGUGAAUUAAAGGCUUUUAGGACUAGAUACCGGAUCUCAUCGGGUCUAUUUCUUUUUAAUAGGCAAUGAUCACUGAACUUCUUCAAGAGCAGCCAAAAUUCGCUGAGAUGACGGACUUUGGGAAUAAGCUGACAACGGAGCCUUGUGUAGGAUUAGAAGAGAGGGUAAAGAUUCAGAAAGACAUGCAAAGUCUCCACGAGAGAUGGGACGGGCUGUAUGAGUCAGCCACUUCAAGACAUGACAGGUACCAGCCACUUCUUUGAAUCAACAGUAUUGUUUUCGUAAAAAUUGCAUUUGUUUUUGACCUUCUAAGUAACAGUAGGAAGACUUAAGGCUUCAGUAAUAUUUGAAACCUUAAAAAUAUGAUUUACAGAAUCCUACAGAAACUACAGAAGCUACAAAAAAUUUCUACCUAGGGGAAACGGUUCCUGGGUAAAUAAUACCAUAAACUCUCGCAUGAGAAAAUUCUAAGCAAACUUACCUUGUAUGUGAGUUGAUAACGGAAAUUGGCCACCGUGAAGGGUUUCUGAGCAGAUGUUUCGAGUUAGCCGAAGAUGAAGGGCUAACGCUUCAGCUUCCACCGACGCAGUACAACUGUUUCUUUUGAAACUUACCCCCCUUCAUUCAUCGGCUUGUAUGUGACUGACUUCCUAUGCCUAAAAUCAUGUUAAGGUGGUAAACAUAGUGUUUGGUUUCAGUCUUUGAAUUAUUGAAAUUCUUGGAAGUUUGAAAUAUAUCCUCUUCUAGAAAAGUGUCCUCACAGUUGUAUUUGACGUUCUUAGGAUCCAAGACAGGCUAAAAAUAUUAGAAGACGAACAAAAACGACUGGCAGAUGAAAGAAAAAUGCUGGAAGAGGAAGAAGUACAGAGGCAAAUCGACAUGGAAAGGAGGCGAAAGGAAGAGGAAGAGAGAAGAAAGAAAGAGGCUGAGGAGAGAAGGAGAAGGGAAGAGGAGGCAAGGAAACGCAAAGAAGAAGAGGAACGGAAACGGAGGGAAGAAGAGGAAAGGAUAAGAAAAGAGGAAGAAGACAAACGGAAACGAAAGGAGGAAGAAGAGAAAAGGAGACGAGAGGAAGAAGCAAGGCAGAGGAGAGAAGAGGAGGAGAGAGAAAGACGAGAAGAAGAACAAAAGAGGAAGCUGGAGCAGGAGGAGAGAAAAAGAAAAGAAGAAGAAGACCGGAAGAAAAGGGAAGAAGAAAGAAAACAGAGAGAAGACGAGGAACGGAAGAAGAGAGAAGAAGAGAAUAGAAAGCGGAAGGAGGAACAAGAAAGACGUAGGAAAGAGCAAGAGGAGCGCAGGAAAAAAGAGGAGGAGGAGAGAAAGAAAAGGGAGGAAGAGAGAAGGAAAAAACGCGAGGAAGAAGACAAAAAGAAGAAAGAAAGAGAGGAAAAGAAGCGACUGGAGGAAGAAGAAAAGAAAAGGAAGGAGGAAGAAAAACAAAAGGUUGGUCGUUUUACGCCCGUUUUGUUCUUUCUACUUGUAUUACUCGCCAAGUGUUUCUAUUUUUUUGUAGAACCUGAACUGGCCUGCGCCUGUUUAGGAAAUUGUCAUGAAAGGGUCAUAGACUAUUUUUGAAGUUUCAGCAAUUUGCAUCGGAGAUGACUCGAAAACAACUUACAUUAGCGCUAGAGCAACACAACGCAUCCUCUUACCAUUGAUAUGUCACUAUUGAUGAGAAUUACUCACCGUUUGUUUGUCAUGUUUAAGACACAGUUCUGUCCAAUUUAUUUCUUAACGAUCGUCUAUCAAAACACCUUUUAUAUAGCAACUCUUUCCCGUGUAGAAAAAAGGCUUCCUCAUAAACUUUGGAUCUUUACAUCACAUCCCGAUGGUGAAACAGGAAACUACACUAAAUGCCAGCCCAAAGAUGGACGAGGUUGUGUCAGUCCCAGAAGCUGAAGGAGACAAUAUCAACAGGAAAAAGGUCACAACAGCACAGCGCACGUUUGCACGAAUGAUCUAUCAUUAUGGAUGAAAAACACUAAAAACUUUCUUCUAAUGUUUCGGAUACGUCCUAGUCUAUCGAUUCUACUAUUAUAUAGUUUUCUUAUUAGUAUGUUAUAUUCAAGCACCUUUUUCCUGACAAAUAUUGUUUAUUUUUCUUUCUCUCUCGUAGAAUAAAGGGUUCGGGUUUAGCCUCGGGCCGUUACCUCACCUUCCAAAGAUGGAAGAGGUUGCGUCAGUCCCAGAAGCUGAAGAAGACAAUAUCAACAGGAAAAAGGUCACAACAGCACAGCGCACCUUUGCACGAAUGAUCUAUCAUUAUGGAUGAAAAACACCAAACGUUUUAUUCUAAUGUUUCGGAUACGUCCUAGCUCUAUCGAUUCCACUUUUAUAUAGUUAUCUUUUUAGUAUGUUAUAUUCAAACAACUUUUUCCUGACUAAUAUCUUUUAUUUUUCUUUCUCUCUCGUAGAAUAAAGGGUUCGGGUUUAGCCUCGGGCCGUUACCUCACCUUCCAAAGGCGGAAGAGACUGUGUCAGUCCCGGAAGCUGAAGGAGACAAUAUCAACAGGAAAAAGGUCACAACAGCACAGCGCACCUUUGCACGAAUGAUCUAUCAUUAUGGAUAAAAAAACCAAACAUUUUCUUCUAAUGUUUCGGAUACGAAACAUUAGAUUCUAUCUAAUGUUUAUCUAAUAUCGAUAUUAUUAUCUAAUAUCGACUCUAUUUUUAUAUAGUUAUCUUUUUAGUAUGUUUUAUUCAAGCACCUUUUUCCUUACUAAUAUCUUUUAUUUUUCUUUCUCUCUCGUAGAAUAAAGGGUUCGGGUUUAGCCUCGGGCCGUUACCUCACAUUCCAAAGGUGGAAAAGGAAACCAGCCUUUUGGCCACUCCCGUGGACGAGGUAGUCGUGUCUGUCGACGAAGACAUCGUCGAGGCUGCUGCCGAACCUGAUGCGUUUGUUUUUGAUGGAAGGCUGCAGGAUUGGAAAAACGACGCAAACGAUAUAAGCUUGUAAGUACUACACCUGGAUAUAGAUUAUAGGGUUUUAACCAUUUAAGCUCCAAGGAUAACCAACAUCUAAACUCUACAUUUAAAGUCAAGGGCACGAGAAUCAACGAACAAAUCAUCUCAAUGGAAAACCGUUGUGAUCUUCACAAAUUCUCACAGUAGUUCUUAUUACAUAUGUCUUUACGUGCUAAAAAGUGCCACGAGAGUUGACUUGUUAAAAGUUAGAAGGUUUCGAGACGACGGGAUAAUGAGAUGAAAGGGGGUAAAUUAAGCAUGGAAUAUAGCUAAUUACUGAGAAGAAUAGGCUUAGCUUUUUAGGUUUAGUUUGCUUUACGGUUUCGCUUUUUGUUGGCCUUCGAAAAUAAGUUCUGAAAGACUUCAAAAGCGUUGACGUUUGAAAAAUAAUAUGCAAACUCAAUUCUCACAGCUGGCUUAAGGAUCAAGACGAAAAACUACCAGACGAAACUAACGAUGACACCAUUGCUUCUCUUAAAGACAAAGAAAGCCAUUUUGUGGUGAGUUUUGAGCUUUUACUAAUUGCAAAGUUAGAUUAAAUGAAUUUGCAAAUUUGAAUAAGUGCUAACCUUGCACUAUACCCUAAAUGGUUUUUUUUUUUUUGACUUGACGCGAUUGACUUAAGGAAGUCAUUCUUGUUAACGAUGUUAUUAAAUUAUCAAAGUCAUUAACAAAAUUUGCUCCUCUGUUAUUGAUAUCAGUAAAACAUGUCUUGAAUUUGUUAUUGCUGUUUUCGAAAGAGGAAUUGCGAUUAGAGGUGUAAGAAAUCUUCAUUCUUUGAUAAUUCUAGAGCCUCGAAAAAGAAAUUCCUGACUACGAAAGAAAGUUCGAUAAUCUUGAGAAAGACUAUGAAGCGCUGAUCAAGGACAAACAUAUAUCUGAAAAGCAGCAUGAAGACAUCAGCGAAGAUAUGGAUAAGUUGAGGGGCCAGUGGCGCUCUUUCAACACGGAUAGAGAUGUCAAGAAAAACCGGUAAAGGAAUAACUUAAAUGAUAUAAGAAUUGACGAAUUUUUGAACUGUGGAUUAUAAAUGGUAAAUUGAUCCUCGCAAUAACUGACUUUAAAAAAGAACUGCAGAAUUGAAGUAUGUGCUUUGGUCCAGACAUCAGCAUAAUUGAGCAUUACUUCUAAACCAACCAUUAAAUACCACGAUUCGUUAAUUUUUAAGCUGAAAGAAGACGACGCGGCAGUCAACUCACGUUUUGAAGCCGUAUUAACCUGUUGUGCCCUUAGCAGGUCUUGAUUUAGUGAUUAAAAUAUAUAUGAAUUAUCUGAUGCUAGAAUAAAAAGGAAGCUUUGGGAUAAAGAACAACAGAAAGCCGGCGAGCUUACCGGGUGCAGGGUUAACUUACAAGCAGUGAAGGACUGGAUUGGACUUCGGGAUAAAGAAAUUGAGAAUAUGGAUCCCAUAGGAAACGAUCCGAAAACUUUACAACGACAGAAAGAAGACAUGAAGGUAAAUAUACAGAUAUCUAUUAUAGAAAACAUCAUGUCAUUUGAAUUAUUCAUAUGUUGAUCAUUUUCACUUCCAUCUUUUUUCUUGCCCCUAAAAUUGAUUUAAAAAAAAUCGUUUUCCUUUUGUUUGUGGCCUUAGCGCACGCACUAAAACUCGAGCUGUAACUUACAAUACAAACCAAGAAAACGAGAUAGGUACAAAUUAGUGUUCGGAUCAAUGAAAGUGUCUGUCGGUCGACUUUACACAACAUUCAACUGACUACAUCUUGGGAUAAAUGUUUGGUUAUGGGAGGGGUAGGUGUGUAUUCUCUUCAGAUAUUCUUUCACAGAGUCUUUAACGUUUCCACAGCUAUUAACCAAACGACUACAUGAUUACGAGCCACGAUUCACUGAAGCAACGGACACAGCGUACAGAUUAUCUAAGGACCCAUACUUUUCGAAUGAGCAAAGCAAAGCUCUUCGACAAGACGCAGAGGACUGCGAAAAACAGUGGGAUGACGUGUUGGAAAAAGCCACAGAUCGUAUGGACCGGUAAAUUAGUAACUUAUUUCGGUUAUCUCACGCCAGAGACACGCUUUUAAUAGUUGGCAGUUAACACUCAGUUCAUAUUAAUGGUACAAUUAACUUGGAAGCAAUUAGCAGCGGAAAUUGGUAUCGAUUCCUAAGCCAGCCACCUCUUCUUCCUCAGAGGUGAACUAAGAGUAUCUCAAUCUUUUAAAAUUUCUACUCAGUUAAUAAUGAAUUUCACUAGCGUAGUCGAGAGUCAACCGCAUGUAAAUAUAUCAAAAACGUUUUUACAAGGGUUCUUAUAAUUUAUCUGAACCAACCGGCUCGAAAUUUCAUGCCCACUCAUUUCAGAUGUGUCAUUAGUUUUGUAGUGGAAGAAAAGGGGGUUAUUGAUCGGCAAUCUAAAAAAACCUCUCAAGAGAAUACAAGAAGUGUAUCGCCCAUCAAAAAGACAUAUUAUUUCCUAACCCUCCAAAUAAAACAGUUCUAACUAUAUAAAAUUUCCAGUUUUUCAGUGUAAAUAUUGCGUACCACCAACGUUUCUUAAUUAUUAUUUGUCUUCUCAGGAUCGUGAAGAAGAUUCCCAAGCUUCAAAAAGACCAAAAGGAAAUAGUCGACGAAUGGAAUGACAGAUCUGCUCGAUUUGAAAAAUCUUUGAAAAAAGCAGAAGAUAAACUGAAAGAACAAGAAGCUAUUGGGAAGGAGGUGAGAGCGCUAGUGAUUCUUUGGUUUUUAUGAGAGCCGCAAUAAGAGUAUCGAUAUCUUAAAAGCAAAUGACCAAGCUAGUGAUCAGCAUCUUGGCCUGUUAUGAUUUUCGAAAGAGAAAUAGUUUGUCCUCAACUAGUGAGCGUUUUACGGCAACUGCAUGAGUAUUCGGUUAAUAAGUCCCAGAGAAAAUGUGGUGUGAAGUUGUGGUAGACACAGGUGGCAUGAAAAUUGCGAUAAUUUUAGGCUAUGAAGGUGUAAACGUUUCGACGGGUGGGAAGACCAUAUAUCACUCCACAUUGGGAUGAAAGUGAGUUUCCAGGCUAAUAAUUUGUUGUACUCCGGAUUUCCUCUCUUGUGACACAGAUUGGCUUUGAGAGGCGGCUCCCCGAGAUCAGGUCACCAGAACUGACAAAGAAACGAGGAGAAAACAACAAUGAGUGGAAACCCACCGUAGAUGAGUGCAACGCGAACCUUAGAACGUAAGUACAAUUAACUAUUCCUUUUCGGCUUACAAAGCUUGCAGUCUUUUCCAGCAGAAUUAUCCCUUGUUUACCAGUAAAACAGGGCCCUUUAACAGCCCUCCCCCCUCCCAGCCCCUUUUCAUGACGGUACACAAAAUGACACCCGUUAUCCUAUGAAAAAUCCUACCUAUUCCCACUUCUUUUGUAGACUAAUUCAUUCUUCCUUUGUGAUGAUUUUUUUGUUGGUUUGUUUGUUUGCUUUUUGACACACAGUGGCGCUUGAUUUUUCAGGGUCAGAGAAAGGCUGCAAGAUAUUCAGCGAGCUAAGAAAAACCGAAAGUGGUCGAUUCUUGAGGCUUUAAAAGAUGCUGUACAUUCAAUCACCGCCAGAUUUCGUGGAAAUUCCAGAGUCGGAGCUGAACAUGGGGUCAAUUUAGACAAAGUUGUCGACCUCUUGGAAGAUCAUGAGGUAAAGAGAACUACGACUUCUGUUCCAAUAAUUAUACGUUUGUGACUAGCCUUUUUAGUGCAAAAUUGGAGCCGCUAAAUUUUGAUACAAUUUAAUUUUGUUAGUGGCUGCCUUUGGUAGUCAAAUUUUUACUGAGUUGCCUCGUGUUCUGUUCUGGAUAAACACAAACUAUUUUCGGCUGAUUUUCUGGAUAAGCAGCGAUUAAUCAUAAACAAAUAACUCUUACCUUUUCGUUAUCGGUUUGCCAAAGAAAUGCUCGAGUCAUUAGUAUACCUCGCUGGGCAGUAAAAUCACUUAAACGACGAUAGUUUAUCCCAGUGGACUGAUUUCAAAGGGUUACAGGUGUUCCUCACAAGCUUACUUCCCUAUUUUGUUUUCAGGACAUAAUGACCGAUACAUCAACCAGGCAAAAAGAUGCAGAUGAAGUUUUCACCUUGGGUAGGAGCGCCAUUGACAGUGGUUUGCUGGAAAAUGAACAAGCUAAUGAAGUACACGAUCGAAUGACGGACUUGAAUCAUCGAUGGAAUGGAUUGAACAUUGAUGUCAUUGAGCGCGAGAAAAGGUUGGUGUUUGCGAUGUUCUCGGCCUCGAGCAUGUUACGUGCGUCUAUUUUAGAGCUGCAGAUUUAAUUGGGUCGUCAUUCUUUUUUAAAAUAUAUUUUGUCCAAUCAUUUUCAUUUAUUUAUUUCCAUCUUUCAAAGCUCAGCUUUUAAAGGGAGGCGAAAAUUCUCUAUCCGAUCUCCCGAUCACGGAGCAGUGUUAACUAACAAGAACCAAGGCCAUCCUGUUUCAUUUCCGACACUCAACUCAAAAUUAGUCUUGGCACUUGUUUAACUAGGUAGCAUUAUAAUAAAAGCAAACGACUCACGUUCCAGUACAGCACCAAAGACGUAAACUUUCGUGUCAUAGUAAGAGCAUAAUUAACGGGACAUUCAACUGGAAAAAAAAAUACUGCAUUCACCUCUACGUAGUAGCUGCUUUUAGAUUAAAACAGAUGGGGAAGUUGAAUACAUCGAAACGGAGAACCUCAUCUUGGUACCAUCUAAACUUGUCUCUUUGGAAAUAACUUUUUUCUAUUGUUCCUGCGUUGAGGCCUUCAAGACGUUCUUAUUUAACAAUCAUAAUCAUUGAUUUUAAAGACGAGUAAUCAGUUAAAGAAUGACUCCACUUGUACAUUUCUUUACUCUUUCGCCGUUGAUAAAUUCAGAGUUACACGGAAAAUCACGAAGUUGUCAAUGUAAAUUAACUUGGUUUAUUCGUAAACAGAAGUGUGAACGUCAAAUAUUAGUUGUGUAUUACCUUAAAUGUGACGUUUGUUUGCUUUUCCGUAACAACGGCAAUUCAAGAUGAAAAUACGCAUUAAGAUCAGAUUCCUAAGUUGCCAAAAGAGCGUUUUGAACCCCUAAACAAGUUCUAACAAGAUUUUAGGUUUUAACCAAAGCAUGGAUACGGGCGAUGACUAUUUUGAAAAAUCAUUGGCUUUAGCCUUCGAAACAGUUGACUUAAUGCAGAGCAGGUAUACAUUUCAAUGAUUAUGCUUGGUUAAGUAAGUGUAGUAUAAACUAACUCGACCAACGGCGAACAGCAUUAGAAACACUCAACACAGUGGACAUCAAAAGUUAAAGGACAAAAUGUGUAUCUCAUUGAGGAAUUCAAUUUUCAGACCAAAAUUGAUCGAGCAAUUCCUUAUGUCUUAAAGCUUAUUGCGCUCAUCAAAUGGGCUAAGACUCCCCAAUGAAUACUUAGAAGAAAGCAUCUAUUGUGUUCUUCUCAUUAGUUAUACCCCUCUUCAAAACUAACGAUUAAGGUUAUGAAAUAUUUCAAAUGUGGUACUAAGCUUGCUCUAUUACUUUGUGGCAAGGAAUACAGAGGAGGAAUACAGGAGCACCUAUGAUAUAUUUCUAACAUGCAUGAUAUGUUUGAUUAUCGCAGAUACGCUUACGCUGAAACACAAAGAGUGCUAACUGUAUUGAUACUGCUAAAACGAGUGACAAACAAUAGACUGACCUCCUAAAAAGCGCCAAAUCCUCCGUCUCUUAAAUUAAUGACGUUUGCUAGUCACUGAAAACAGAGUCAACAAUUUAUCAUGGUUCGUGAAUGUAUAUUGCCAGGCCAACGUUUUUGCAUCGAAACCAAAUCACAUUUGUCAGAAAAACAACUUCUCUGGAGUGUUAUUUUAUCGUGUCGUAUUGUUUAUAAAUAUAUUUUUUACUGACUCUCUUCAAAUGUUCUUAUUGAUAAGACUUCUAAGUUAGCCGAGAGCUCUUGAUACGAAAUAGCAUUCGAUUUCCUUUCCUGGGAGGUCUUUGCAGGAAAAAUAUAUUUUUUUUUUGAUAGACCAUGGGUUGUCAUCAUCAAAGUAUCAAGAUGAGAGCACAUUAUCGUCAACUGCAGUUUAAAAAAGUUUAACCAUUUUUCCCCCUUCUAGGCUUGAGAAAUUAGCCGAAGACAUUGAAAGCGAAUACAAGAGAUUCGACUCCUGGCGUGAAAAAUGCGAUAACAUGAAUCAGUGGCUGUCAGAGUCAGAAAAGCUCAUUAAGAACGAAGAGAAGAUUGGAUCGGAUAUUGGAGUCCUUCAAGAGCAAAUCAAAGAUAAUCAAGUAAGAUCCUUUUAAGCGCUUAAAUAUUCCAGUAUUGAAUAUUACAUCAUGUCGUUUUGAAUCUUCUUUGCCGCUUAGAAAAAACGUUUUGAAUCGGCUUAUGAAAACUAGCAGAUAACCCGUUUUUGCUUUUUUUGUAGCGCAGUGACUACAGACCCUAACUUCUUAACCCCUUCCCCCUCCCCCCGUGUCAUAUCUCAGGAUCUCCAGUAGAUACGCCACUGACUACGAAUUACAAUUGCAUUAUUCCUAUUUUUGAAGAGCUCUUCUUCAGUUAUCUAUGUGACUUUAACGUUUGUUACGCGGUUUGUGCAGCUCUUUAUUAAAGAAAUGAAGGCCUAUGAACCGAAAGUAGACGCCAUGGUCGAGGAAAGCCAAGAACUUGUAGAGAGCAGCAGACUUGAUAAAACAGACAUUGAUGGGGUUGACAAAACUAAAAAUGCUCUCAAUUCGAGAUGGAAGGCUGUCAAUGAUCACCUUAAUGAGAGGCAACGAAAGUAAGUGACUCAACCGUUUGCUAAUGCCACGAACUGCAAAUUUUCAACAAUAUUGAGUGACAAUGACCCGUCUACGAUUUUCGAGAGCAUCUGUCACAUGUUUUUCAUACUCUCUUCGCAAGAUCUUCGUGGGUUGAUUACCGAGAAAAUACCAGUGCUGACUUUCAGAAUCCCAUUCCAUUUCAUUCUUGGGACAUCCAAGGGUAAAAGUAUAGUUUAUACAAGCACCCCAUUUUUCUCGUCAGCUUUUACUGAUUGUUUUCGGUAUUCAGUUACAAAUUAUAAACUCAUUGGCGCAGAGAGGUGAUGUGUUUCUCACAAGUUGAUACAGUGACUCUAACUACUGAGAUCAGUACCAGAAUUCUCGGUGCCGCUUACCUGCUUGUGUGAAAGGCGUUGCUGAGCAUUGCGUUAUGUCACGUUGGGUUGUUUGGGCCUUAGAAUCAAGGGCGUACACACAUGAACUUUGAACUCAGUAUAGCGGAAGUUUUUGUUGAAGAUCACCUGAUCACCAAUAAUUCGGGGACUAAGAUUAGUAUUCGGUGUUCUUUCCUAUAUUAAGUACAAUCCUUAAAAAAAAGCUUUAACUUGUGAGUUGAUACUUGAAAUCAACACCAUGCCUUUUAUCGGCUGACGCAUGAAGCGUUCAUUAUAUCCUCUCUCCCUUACCCAUAUCUUUUGGGGAAAUAAAUGCUAUCCCUCGUCUUAGGAUUCUUUAAUUGUGGGCGUUUAACCCUCUCAGCAAUUUUCUUACUUUAUGCAAUAUAGGCUAGACUCUGCUCUCCUGGACAUACUAAAGAAGGAUUCAGAUGGCAGGCUUGGCCGAUGGAGAGAGCAAUCGAUAGCUCUUGGUUUGCUUGUUACGGAAGCUAAAAGGAAAGUUGAUGAUGAUGUUGACGAUACAGAUUUUAAAGAUAUUCAAGAAAGUGCAGUGCAACUCCAGGUGGGUAAAAUACUUUUUAAUAAGAGCACUGACAUUUAUCAAUUAUUUUUAAUCCUAUCUGCCAAAAAAGUCUACACUUGAAGCAACUUGCCAGUCUUUCACUCAAGAAAGGUACACUUGUGCAAAACUAAAACUGCAUUGAAAAAGGUUCGAUCACACGCGCGCCAUUUUGAGGGGGUUAGAAUGUGCAUUAAACAUCUCUGCCAAUUAGAGGCACAUCUAUUCGAAGAGGGGCGUUUUCGCAGGGAGGUGCUAACUCGAGGAUUUAUAUUACUUUCAAAGCAGACUAUUGCCUCCAUAGAUUAGAGGUGUCGCGGAGAUUAGAGAUUGUAGAUCGCGACGAUUCACGUCAGAGAUGAGAUCCAGCGCUAAUCGUCAUUUUUUUAGAAUAGAAUGAAGUUUCGCAGUCAUUGUAACGGUCAAGAAAAGACAGUGACCAUAUUAAAGGAAAGUUAUCUUUCAUCGCUCAGUUCGAAAAAAUCUCUACAGAGAUGAAAAUUUGGUCUUCAUCUUUUAAAUAGGAAGUCGAAAAUUCGCUCAACGAGGACCUCAGUAGGGAGCUGCUCGAAGUAACGAAUGAUGGUCAUCAUGUCAUCGAAAAGGAGGAGACACAGCCCGACGACAAACAUGAGAUAGGAAAGAAAAUAGACGAACUUAACAGACAAGUUUCUGAGCUGGAAAAAGGAACAAGAGAGAAAAGGGACAAGUAAGGAAACUAUGAGUCCUGGAACUCCCAAAAUCUUGUUUAAAAUGCCUCCCUUUGGCUCCUACAUAAUGCUUCUGCAAGUAUUUAAGAUAGAACCCUACCACUAAGUUUUUUGUAUUCUAAUCGCCCGUCUGUGGGAUACCUGUUACACUAAGUAGAGGUUACAGCACUCGAUUACAUCUGGGAUUUAAAGCUCACUUACUACAGAUAAAAGUUUCAUUCUCAGUCUUAUCCAAAAAGACUGAGAAUGAGUGCCUUUAGAAUGCGUUAUUGGUAUUUUUGGAUCUAGUACGUUGGUAGUUUUGAAACUGCAUCGGAGAAAUUUUAUUUCUGUGGCACAAUUUCCUUUCGUGUUUCAGUCGUUAUUUGAUAAUGAAGACAGAGUUUGUGUAUCCAUUUAUUCGUUAACCGAAUGUGAUUUUAUCAAAUGUAUUGAACAGGAUAAAAGAAGCCUCUUUGAAGUACUUUGGCCGCUCAUUGGCCGAUUGUGAAGAGGCCGUCGAGAGACUUGAAGAGGAGUCCGUGAACAAUUUUACUGAUAUUGGCUCUGAUAUCGAGGAGGUCGGAAAACAGUUGGAAGAGUUGCAGGUGAGACUUCAUGAACGUGAAAGCCAUGACAUGCGAUAUCUCUAAGUUAUAGAAAAGUUGAAAGAGUGCAUCGCCUGCCAUUUCGCAAACAUGUUUUUUUCUGUCCUGAAGAACUGUCUGGCUCAAAUGUUCGUUUCUUCUUAUGGCUCUCUUGCUCAUUUGUUCGCUCAUUCGUUCAACAGUUCGUUUUAUACUUUGUUUGCUCAAUUGUGUUCGAUUAUUCACUUGUUCGCUCGUUCGCUCUUUCCCUCGUCCGUUCCUCCGGUUGAGCGCUCGUGUGCUCGUUCGCUCGUUCGCUCGAUCGUUCUUUUCAGGGUUCUAAAUAGUCAUUUUGAAACGCUUACCAGUGUGUUAUUCUUCAUCUUAAAAGGAAUUUGAAAACGACCUAGAUAGAGAAGAAGCAAAAUUUAAUGACAUCAAAGACCAGUUUGUGAACUGUAAGGAAACAGAUUUACUCAGAGAUGAAGACCGAGUGAGAAUCCAGAGACGAAUAGGAGCACUUGAUGAGAAGUGGGCAGAACUGAACAAAAACCAUGAUGCCAAUCAUGAAAAGUAAGCCGAUUUUCUGCGUUUGAGAUUUUGGCACAUAAUAUGGAACAAAAGUCCACUGAGCGACAUAUGGACCCAUCGGCUGACUAUGAUUGACUGCCUAACUAAAAGACCGAAUGAUCGGCUAACUAACUAAGUGACGGGAAACGCCGGGAGUAUGCCGUAAUUUGAAGUAAAUACUUGCGCAGUUGAUAACUUUUAUUCACCUGGUUUUGUAGGUUAAAUCAAGCGCUGAUAGUUCGUCAUGAAGAAUUAAUGGAAGAGGUCUAUGAUUGGCUGAGUGAUGCUGAGAAACAAGCAGAUUCUAUAGUUGUGAAUGAGGAUGACAUUGGUUCAGUCAUGGAAGAGUAUGGCAGGCACAGGGUAUGACUUUCUACUUAUUUGAGUGUCUUGUUUACCUCGCAACAUUCGGUAUCAUUUUCUUUUUAUCGUGAUAGGUUAUUGUCCAUUCUUGUCCGGUUGGAAGGUUGAUAUUUUAGAUUAAAAUUUUCGCGAUUUGUCUAUCUGUCCGUUGAUUGCUUUUUAUUACCUAUUUGGUUAUUUUUUUGAACAGGAGUUGAAGGAAGAAAUUUCUUCAUUUGAGCCGACGUUCAAGAACGCAAUAGGAAUCAGCGAUAGGCUGCUGACCGAAAGGAUCGUAGAUCCUGAAAGAGCUGAAAGCUACGAAACAGAGAUAAAUACUCUGGAAAACAGAUGGAAAAAUCUGCAACUUAAAACCAUGGACAAUGGAGCUAAGUAAGCACAGUUGGAAACACACUCUAAAGCUUUUGUGGAAACUUCGUCGAAGAGGUCGUAAAUUUUGUAUAAAAAGAUUAAAAUUCCCGUUUUGUGACGCUUCCUUCGCAAUUAGUAAUCUGUGCUGGAUGUUGCGGAUGAUAUGCUUCUAACGUGUUACAGUGUCAUUACCGUUACUUGGUGUACUUUAAUUAACCAUUCAACUACGCCACCAGGUCCUGAGGAAGCAAAGAGGGAGAAACAUCUCGGAAGGUCGCUACUCUUUUGUGAUAAUUAGAUAGGUCACUCGUUUAGUCAGAGUACUUAAGAUAAAGUAACAUCACAGCGUAAAUUCUCGAUAAAAAUUUGCUAUGGCAUCCUUUCUGUCUUUGCAAGAUUGUCUGGUGUGCUUGGAAGGUACGUAACGAUACGAUUGGAUGAAGCGGAGGUGAAGUUGACACAUGCAGAAGCAAGCAUCAGCAGAGAUGAUGCUGACUACUUAGACAUAGAUGGUGCAAAGGAAGCACUGCAAGCAUUCAGAGUGAGUAACAUUCUAGUUUGUUCAGAAUUGGUUAUCAACUAUUUCAUGGGUGGCUAAGAAGGAAUUUUUAAUUUCAAAGUCGAUACGUUUCCAAACAGAAAGGUGCAUGAAAGAAACAAACAUAUAAACUAGACGGUAUUAACUUUUUUAAAGUUGAUUUAAUGUAUAGUAGACACAGAGAGAAUUGGUACACAGAUCUUGGAGUAAAAAGAAAAUUUUUGCAAAGAUGAUUAUCCUCAGAGGAAGUAUGCUACCAAUACCAUGAAAAUUAAAAAAAUGUUUUUCAAAAUUCCUUGCUUAUAUUUGUUCGUUCGUUCGUUUGUUUUUUUAUAGGUGAAAAGGACUGGCAUUCAUGAUUCCCAAAAGAAGGUUGACAGAAUACUGGACGAGUCCCGUGCCGUUGUCAGGGAAGACUUCUUCAAGGAACACGAACAGGAACAUUUCCAGGGAAGAAUUGAUAUGAUUGACAAGAGAAACAAAGGACUCGAAGAGAAGGCAGACAAAGAGGAAAGAAGGUACGAUAUUAACCGAGUAGAGGUGGAAAGUGUUAUAUGCAAUUGACCCAGUUCACAUUACUGCAGACCGAACCCUUUUUUAGGGGGGAUUCAAUCGAAGCAGUCUUAUUUAAGGAAAUAAUUUAAACACUUAGAAAAACAAAAAUUUGGCUCAAAAUUUGUUGUCGUUCGUGGCUUGUUGCUUAUUCCUGUUGUCGUUUUUCCUCAGGUUGCUUGACACAUACAUUUUGCUGCUUAAACAACAAUUACAAAGAACUAACAUUUGGCUUAAAAUGGCGGAGUCCCGGAUCAAGCAGGAAGGCGAGACUGGUCCAGGCUAUGAUGACGUAAAGAAACAGCUGGAAGAUCAUCAGGUAAAUGUGUAAAUCACAUUAAAUUCAGUUUAUAUUCCGAGCCUAUGAUAACCAUUCAUUUCCUCUUUUUUAUUAUUAUUUGAAUAGUACAUAGACAUAUUUAUACUUCUUUCUAAACUUUUUUCAGGUCUUUCAAGAGGAGCUCAGGGAUCACUCGAUGAUUUCAACGAUUCUAGGCGUGGACGUCUCCGAUCCUGACAUCACGCAAGGCACCCAGCAACAAGUAAAGUCACUCAGCGACCGGUGGAGUAAAGUGUGGAACUGGUCGGAACAGAGAAAAGCUCAGUUGCUUAAGGUAUGUGUCGCUGAAGACAAUUAAAAGACUUGGUCCGCGGGGUUAACGUUGUAGAGCGUUUUGCAUGCAUGGAAUAGGACACCGUUAAAAUCCAAGACUACACAAAUAAAAAUGGCCAGUCACUGCAAAGAAAGGCAUGUGCUCCAAACCGUAGGAGCCAAUGAGAAUACACUUGCACGUGGAAACAAUUAAGUUAUGUUUUGUAUUUGAUAUGUUUAAAAAAUGUAACUCAUUCAGGUUUGUUUGUUUGUUUGACCUUAUUUUCUUCUGUUUUGUGGCUUUAAAGGAUAGCUGCCCGGUGGUUUUCUCUGUUAAAGAAAAAAUAAUAAUAAAAAAAUAAAUAAAGAAAGAAACCUCGUUUUGAGAGCGACGCGCAGGUGCAAAAUCGUAAGUUAAUGUUACUAGCUGUAAAUUAUGUCGACAUGAUUCAUCAGUAUAUUACGCAUUUUAAUUCCAACGGAAAUAAAGAGGUUCUUUUUUCUCCUUUUCCAAGGUUCUAAGUAACUGGCAACGAUUCCGUGACGAGCAGAUGAUAUUAUUGAAUUGGCUGUCAAACAAAGAAAAAACCUUAAAGGAGAUGGCAAGAACAGAUCUUACUGAUGAAGCUGAAGUCAAAGAUCAUUUAGAAAAGCUCAGAGUAAGUGUAAAUCAUGUGCUGACUUCUUUUGCUCUAUGCCCUUCACCGAGAUUCGUCAAAACUGAGAUCAACAUUUAAAGUUUGCUUUGACCAACCCCUUAACAGCCUUGUUAUUGUUACCGAUUUUUUUUCUAUUUGUCAGUUUUAUGUGCAUUAAAACUUUUUGCGGCGUAAAUAUAUCUAUCUUGACUUCAUAUUUAUAUAUUCAUUUAUUUUAUGUCUACUUCGAAAAUCAGGUAAUUGAAAAAGAGUUGGAUGAACAAGGAAUACGUUUGCAAUCCUUACACAAAGCCGGAGAGGAUUUGUUAAAGAACGUAGAUGCGGGAGAUCCGGCUGCAAAGGAAAUUAAAACCCAGCUGAAAGACUUUGAUGAUUGCUGGAAUGACAUUGCAAAACAAGUUAUAAACAGAAUUCAACAGGUAAAAAAAAAGGAGAAAUUUCUCGAGAAGCUCUCUUGAUUAGGACUGAUCAAUUUUUCCCUGUCUGGUUUUCCUUCUGCUGUAUGUAGACAACGGUCUGUCGGGUCGUAAGUCCAUCGAUAUAGCUGUUCGCCAGGCCUUUGUCUGUGAGCCAGUUUGCUUUGUUAUCUGUACGUUGGUCCCAAUGUCCGUCUGUACACUGAGUCUGAGCAAUGUCCCGUCUGUCUGUCGGUCGAUUAAGCUAGUCAUCGGUAUAUAUUUAUUGCUAGAGCUAUCGGUCUAAAAUGCUUUGUAUCUGUUCUGUAGCUUGAAAAUUCUCAAAGUAAACUUAAGGAGUUUCAUUCGGAAAUGGAUGCCACAAAUGAAUGGAUGGAUGAAACUGAACGGCUGCUCAAGACCUACAAGAUUGGAAUGGAUCCAGAGGAAGCUAGCAGGCUUCAAGAAAAGACAGAGGUUUGUUUCAUUGAUCAAAGAUUCCCAUAAAAGCCCUAUCUACUCUCUUUCAAAAACUGCUAUGUCCACGAAUAUUUUUAGCUCCUUAUCAUUAAGCUUUUAAAUGUAUGGAUGUUUUUCCUGCAGUUAUAAUAUUUUAGCCAAGUGCUUGAAAUAGCUUGAAAUCGUCAGGAGUAAGCUGCGAUCAUGAUGUCAAGCUUCGAAUCAGGCCUCAGACGAUGAUAGCAGCAAAGUAUUCCACUUACGUGAUUCUUCUUUCUCUGCCGAAAAUAUUUUCAUAACCCUGCAAAUGGUGAUCUUUAAUUACAGAUCAAAUGUGAAGAACGAUCCAAAUUCGCUUCUAAAGUUGAUCGAAUCAACAGACUCGGCAAAGAUCUGGCUGGGGAAAUCGAUGAACCAUCCCAUGAUGCUAUUCAGGAAGAACUACAGCCAUUUAAUAACCGUUGGAGCGAUGUCUCUAAUCAGCUUGAACUCUACAGUGACAAGGGUUACCCACAGCCUGGGAACGAGUGCUGCUUCUUGCGAAUCAUGAAGAAAAAACUUGGAGUGAUACACUGAUUUGUUACCUGUUACCAGUUUUCUCUGAAAACAGGGUGAACUGUAUAUUUACCAUCCAUUGUUGGUAUGUACUUUAGAACUUGAAGUGUCCUCGGAUCUCAGAGUAACACUGGAUGAAGAAACAAGUCCUUUGAAAAGAAGAGAAUUGCAACAAAUCUUUUGAAUAUUUUUUCAAGUGAUGCACAACUGCCUUUUUAAAUCACUCCAGUAGUUAGAUGAAUUUAAAUUUAAUUUUUUUAUAAUUUUUUAUGCUAUUUCUGUGUGUAGUAUUACUAUUCGUUUAUAAUAAUGAUUUUUGAAAUAACGCUUUCGAAACAUUCUCCAAAGAAGUGCACUACCGCAAAGUCAAAAUAUUAAUUGAAGUCCGAUGCGACUGUCGCAAAGCUGUAUCAAUAAAAAGGGCACAAACUGCAUGGCUUUAUUGGCUUUUUAAUUUGGAUGAGAGUGCCAUAAAGAUUUACGAGCUUCUACCCAUCCAGCAACUUGAUAAGCUUUCUUUAAACACGUGCAGAGAAUUCUGUGCUUUCCUUGACCGAUAUUAUUUAACUAUACAUUUAUUAAGCAUUGUCAGCACUCAUUAGUCAUGAUAUAUCUCGGUACUUAGCUUUUAUAUCGUUUUCAUAAUUAUGCUUUUUAUUUGCUUAUGCAUCUUUUUUGUUUACCCCAUGUACGCAUGCACACUUUGAGGCGACUUUAAGGUCUCUACAUCAUAUUUGAUACUUGAUACUUAAAAUGAAUGCUUGAAGACUUGAAUAAAAUAAAUGUCAAUUCAGUUGUUCUGAAAAUGCUUCUUUCGUUACAAACGUAUUGCUUUGGAGUAACUUGACGAAAUUUUUUCCUGCUUGGUGAGAACAAAUAUAAAGUUCAAAGACCAAAGAACUUUUCUAAGAAAAGCGGAAGUCUGGUGACUGAGUAACAAAUUCUCUAAUUUGCAUUUCCCAAAUUCCUUAUUAAUAAAGAAUUACCUAGCCUCUAAAACAGUUGUUUGGGGACUGAAUUGUGAAUUUUUUUGAGGUAAACGGCUUCCUCAACCGACUUAAGUCGGUGCAUGAAGAUCUUUGGGACGUUUCCGUGUUUAAUCCUGGAUAACAUCAAGGAAAUACUGCCGAGCACACUUUCCUAUACUAAGGAGAAAAUUUUGACGACGCUAUGAUUCGGUUACCAAAUAAGCAUUCCGUUUUCUCAGGAGUUAAUGGCAUUAAAAGAAAGCUCUAGACUUUGCGGGUAAGGAGAGGCCCAUAUUUCAUCGAAGUUCAGUAAAUUUUCAAUUGUUACUAUGCGAAAUAUCUUUCCUCAUUUAACGCUUCACAUGACUGAUCAUGUGAUGUGGUCUUAUCAGGUUUGAAUUACGAUCGUAAACAAAAGAAGACCCUAACUUUCGCUUUGUCAUCAAAUUUGAGUGGUGUUUUUGUACGCAGCUGUCAUCAAUGCGUGCUGACGGAAAAGGGGUUUGACCUUAGUGAACCAAAACUCGUCCAAAAAUUUUCAUUCAUUGGCCCCUUGCAGACGUUGAAUUCUAGGAAAAAGUCUAAUUUUAGUUUUCUACGCAGCCAUAUGGUACUUGCGACUUGCGGACUGUCCAAUGUUAUCACGGUCGCGAUAGAGGUAAGAUUCCAGGAGCAUCUAAAAAUUUAAACAGUCGAAUGAUACAACAGGGGAAGCUAAAGCCAUUGUUGACAAUAAAUGCUCUUCUUGUGUUUGGUGAGUUUUUCACUUUGGUAUAAUGUCCAGAUUUAUACUCAGUACUGGGUUUUCACAUCUCUGUGAUAUCUCGUCUAAUUGUCUCGUCCUCAUCAUCCCGAUAUCGAUCAAAUGCUUCCAUACCCUUAAGUAAAGGCUGUUAAACUAGGCUGCUGCACUGUUGCCAGGCUUGCCACUGAAAAUAUCGCUGAGUUUUUGGAGAGCUCAUUCCAAUCUUAGAUUAUUCGCGGUGAUUUCCGAGAACAAAAAAAAGCGAUAACCGACGAAAAUAUAUCUAAUUCUAAGAAGCGAGUCUCUACUCUUGCAAUUGCGAAGUUCAUAUAUUUCACCUGAUUCCUAGCUACUUAUGCUGACGUCGUUUGAAGCUUUUCAGAAUUGAACUCGAUCAAAAUUUUGCAUCAAUAUUUCUCCCCCAGUGUAAUAUACUUUCUACUCCCUAGAGGAUAUUUUUCUACAGCCUAGAGUCCAACGCUGAAUUAGAAUUGAAAAUGAAAAAAAUAUUUGUGUGAGUGGCGAUCCCAUCUUCGAGUUAUACGAAUAUACGGUAAUGUACGGCAUUUUUAGAAGAUUUACUUUCAUGUUGCAUCAUUUUUCCACUCUUAGGCCUCGCUUUGGUGACAGUUCAGGGAUCACACCUCCCCGAAGGAGUUCCAGUACUUUUUACCACUGGAAACCAAAUUUUAGGCGGAGAAUCAACAAGAAUUUACCAUGCAGCUCUCUGUGGCGGUUGCAGCUUUGACGGGUUGACGGCUCAAAUUCAAGUAAACUUGGUUAACAAUCCAUGGGAUUGCGAAUUGGGAGACUAUAUGAUUAUUUCUGUCGAAGAUGGGAAUGGAAGUGUCAUUGCAACUAAUGACGAUGGUAGGCAGAUGCCCGUGCCAAACUUUAACUUCACCUAUUCUGCUAAGUAA